CGGGAGAGAAGAAAGGGUCACAAGAUCUCCGCUGGGGAUGCCGAGUUCCCGCGGGAGUACCACACUCUGGGCCACGGCGGCACGCGUCAUUUCCCUGACAAAAACAACGGGGGGCAGGCGCCCACCUCGGGGGACCGCCAACGCCACAACGACAUCGCUGCCAAGAGCCUGGAGGCCCUUACAAACCUUCACAAGGCUGACAUAGAGCACCAGCACGAAGCCUUCAUGGACCUCCAGAAGAACCAGAAGUACCCGGCCAACCCCUGUAUGUCCCAGGGCCAGGGCCAGGGCUCACCUAACUGUGGCCGCCAACAGCAGGUAACAUCUCAAUACUCUCAACACCAUGGCCUUGUCCAGAAUCAACCCCCAGCAUCUACCCUGAUCUCUUUUCACUUGGUAUAGAUCUGAAAGAAUUGGUGUAAAGAAUAUGGUGACAAACUAUAUUGCUUAUCCAUUUUUUAAAGAUCUACCUUGGCCAUAGCCAUUGUGCAUCCCAGGUACAAAAACAGUUGAGAACCACAAGAGUAUCCAGGUUACAUGUCAAUUCAUCAGUUCAUCAUGACAUCGUUGGCUCGUAGAGUUAUCAGAAGGUGUCAGAGGGAGAGGAAGAUGGAAACAGAGAUUUGAGAUAGGAAGGAAAUAGAGAGACACUGUAGAUACCCUCAUCCCACUCCAUCCCUCUAUCCUUCCAUCCUUCAUCCCUCUACCCUGAUCCCUCCAUCCCUCUACCCCAAUCACCUCCCUGAGAACACCGCCAUUCACGAUAGACUCCCGUCUCUCCACACUCUCUCCUCCAUAAGCCAAGUAUCCCUCCAUCCACUUCUCUCUUUCCUCCCCUGCUUUUCAUUUGCUCUGUGUAUUUACCCUGGCGCAGCGAGAGAGAGAAAAAGAUGGAGAAAAAGAGUGAGAGACGGAAGGACAAAUAAAGAGAGAAACAGGUGGAGUCCACGGUUGUCAUGGCAACCACCCCCACACACCCCUCCCCCCCCUCCCCUCCCCUCCCCAUUCCCAUAUAAGGAAGUCAAUGAUAUCAUAUGGCUGGCAAUGCCUUGGCAAGAAGAGAGAGUGGAAGAGAGUACGGAUGGCAGCAGCAGAGAGAGAGAGAAACAGAGAGAGAUGAGUUGUGAGCGAAAGACUGAAGCUGUGAUUGAGCUGUAGCGGUAUAGAGACACAGAGAGAGAGGAGACUCUACUCUGCCUGGCUCUACUUUGUAUAUAUCCAGACCAACACUGCCUGGGAUUUACUGAUUCCUCGGGGCUCGUGGGAGAACAGAGCCGCUGCAGUCAGAAAAUGGAGAGGGGGGAGGAGGAAGGAGAGGGAGGCAUGUGGAGCAGCAUGCGAACCAACGCACCACCACCAGUCGCCAGCAGCAGCAGGCUCGUUAAGUAGCAACAACGGUACCAGUUCUCCCUUUCAUUAUUGAAUGGAGACGCGCAGAAUCCUGUGUGUUCUGGUGUUACUGUGGGAUAGAUGAGUUUCUGCUGCUGCAUGUGAUGCAGAGAGAGGGAGAAAAUGAUAGAAAGAAAGGGGUGAGGGAGAAAGAGAGUGUGUGCAAGAGAGCUGUAUCUAUACCUGACUAUUUGUGUGUGUGCGUGUGCGUGUGUGCAUGUGACUAUGACCAGCAAGUGUCUGUGUGUGUGUGAGUCUGUGAGUGUGUAGGGGAGACCAGUGCAGGUAAGACAUGAUGUAAUGGGUAUGCCUCUCCUCUACUCCCUGCUUUCUGCAGGCAUAAGAGGACGGGUGUGUGAGUGUGCGUAUGAUAUGUGUGUGGUGUGUUUGGGCUGGCUCAUGCCGGGGUUGUACCGGCGUGCAGGUGUUGGCCAGGUGUGGAUGUGGUGCCGCAGUGUCCGAAAGACUAGGAGGGGGCUAGUGAGUGUGUGUGUGUGUGUGUGUGGAUAAGAGGGAGGGAGAGAGAGAGACAGAGAUAUAUAUAGAGAGAGGAGAGAGAGAGAGAGAGAGAGAGAGAGAGAGAGAGAGAGAGAGAGAGAGAGAGACAGAGAUAUAUAUAUAUAUAGAGAGAGAGAGAGAGAGAGAGAGAGAGAGAGAGAGAGAGAGAGAGAGAGAGAGGGAGGGUGUGUGGGUGGGUAGGUACAGAUAUUAGCUACUUGGCAUGCAGGUCAGGCAUGCGUUGCUCCACUCGUCUCUCUCUCUCUCUCGCUCUCUCUCUCGCUCUCUCUCUCACUUACACACCCUUUCCCUUUCUCAGUACAUGUCCAUCGUGGGAUUCAGCUUGUGUGAUUGAGAAAUAUGGCAGAGCAUAUAAGUCACGGUGCAUAGCGGCUCGGUUUAUUUUGUGUGGGGCAGAUUUUAUGUUCUGAAACGCCGUCUUGUUAGUGCAGAUUGGAGGAGAGGUGGGCAGGGGAGGCUGAGGUAAGAGGAGUGAAGACAGAAAGGUGGAUGAAUACAUGAAUAGAGAGAGUGGGAAGUGGGAAAAUGUUUUCAAUAGGAUGCAUAUGCAUAAGUCUACUGGUAUGUUAGCAGGUGGAGUUGAGUACAGUAUGGAUGUCUAGAGGUAGGUGGUAGUGAGUACAUGUUGAGUUGACGUAGACAUGUAUGCUGAAUUCCAAAUCCGACCCUGGCACCUAAACAAGCCUCAACCUUACCUAGGGGGUAGGGAUUGAUUUUGAAUUCAGCAUAUUAUGGUUAGCGGUAGUGUACAAGAGAGAUCUGCUUCAAGAUGCUAGCAGGGAUCCAGUCUUCCAAGUAGAUCUACACAGUAGAUCACAUACAUGGCAUUCAAAACAAACAAUAUGAGCAACUAUUCUCAACAUCAUACUUCAAUUUCAAGUUCAAGUUAAAAAUAUAAAAAAUACCCACAUGGCAGUUGUAGACAUACUGGGCUCCCGAGUGGCGCAGCGGUCUAAGGCACUGCAUCUCAGUGCUUGAGGUGUCACUACAGACCCCCUUGUUCGAUUCCAGGCUGUAUCACAACCGGCCGUGAUUGGGAGUCCCAUUGGGAGGUGCACAAUUGGCCCAGCGUCGUCCGGAUUUGGCCGGUGUAGGCCGUCAUUGUAAAUAAGAAUUUGUUCUUAACUGACUUGCCUAGUUAAGUAAAGGUUAAAUAAAAAUAAAAAUACACUGAUAUACAGUAUAGGUAUAGGUGAACACAAAUAAAUAAUAAAUAACACACUAUUUAAACAGAAAAACACAAGAAUGAUGAGUACAUAGAAUCCUAAAAUAGGGGUCCUAGUGACAUUUAUCAAUAAGAGCCUUGUGACUGUGUCUUGAGGCAUGGCCAGUAAAAUGGCGUCUGAUUGGUGGUAGUAUGGCCAUGCAGGCUGACACAUGUUCAGGUAGACACAUGAUCGCUAGCUCUGACUCGGACAGAAGCCUGCAGGACACACAAUGCUCUGUGUAUCUGGGUCACAGGAGCCCACAGGCCUCUGUUCUGUUGGUUUUUAUCCCCAAUUCUUCUCUUCCUGUCCUCCUGCCUCUGCUCUGCUCUGUCUAUCCUCAUCCAGGUUUUCUCCUCCACAUCCUUUCUCAACAGAGGGUAGGAACUCAUUGAAGAUUUCCUCUCAAACCAGGGUAGGACAAUUUUGACUUGGCAGCUGGCCCAUCUAGCGGAAUCAGUUCUGCCUCAAGGACAUGACUCAACCUGCUCAAGAGCUAUUAGAAGAAGACAAAAAGGAAUAUUAUCAAUUGAACGACAUCUAGUGCAGGAUAAAUCAAUGUUAAGAGUUUACAAAGCUGGCCAUAAAUAGAUGUUACAUUUCACUUUAUAGGUUGGUUAUGUAGGCUUCUACUACAUAUAAUAAUAUGAUUAGGCUAUAUCUUUAUAUAAAACAAAAAACAGAGUCUGUCAGAUUUCCAGUCAUUCCAAUUAAUUUUAUACCCCAUUGAUCUUCAAGAAAAGGACUUGGAAAUAUGGAAACAUAGAUUAGCCAAACUGUUUUACCUGAGCAUAAGCCAAAAACUAAGGACUUAUUAGCCAACUCUGUUGUUUAUGAUUUUGUUGUCAUGGAAGACUGAUUGGGCUCAUUGCUUCGAGUUGAAAAAUAAAUGCUGCUUUUGGGAAUGACAUGCUUUGAGCACCUCCAAAAAGUGCUAUUUGCAUGUGAAAAAUGAAUGGCGUAUGCUGCAUUUGCUAUACUGUAGGCCUGUUGUUUAAGUUUUUGUUGGUGACACUUUGAUAUCUUGAUAAUUUGCAGCUGAUUAAGUCUCUGAAAAGUGUGUGAGUUUGAGCAUGUGUCCGUUAGGCCUGUGGCAUUUCUUGGGGGGAAUCAGCACAAAUUAGAUUGAGCAAUAAAAGCCCAACUCAUGGUCUUCUUAAAAUAAACUACUUUUGACAGUAUGGAGCACAACACCACGGGGGAGUUUAGAAGGUAGGAACUCCCUUAAACAUUUAUUCCAUAGGCUGGGAUCCGCACUGCAGCUAUUACAAGAGCACAUUUUUCACUAGCUAGGGGUCCACUAGUCACAAAAACAAUGAUUUAUAGGCAGCUUAAACUUCUUCAAUUCAACCAUUAUUGGGUUAAAAUACACAUGUACAUUUGUGAACAGCCAUCCACAACAACCACAAUCCGAAAGGCGCAGAUAGCUAAAUGACAAAGCAGCAGUGUGAUUCACAUCAAUGUGCUAUGUAUAUCCAACCCAGUAUCACAGAUUACAGUGAAAUAGACACAAAUUGCUCAUUGGAAAUUUGUGACAGGAACACAAAAAGUAUAUAUUUUUGUGUGCAGUACACGAUUUUGUAUACAGUGAAUUUGAAUCACAGAUAAAGACAGUAGCUUACUUAAAUUGAAUUGAAGAAGUUUCAGCUGCCUAUUAAUAAUUGUUUUUGCGACUAGAGGACAGCUAGCUAGUGAAAAAUGCAUUCUUGCAACAGCUGCAGUGCGGAUCCCAGCCUUUGGAAUAAAUGUUUAAGGGAAUCCCUCUUUUCUAAACUCCCCCAUGGUGUUGCGCUCCAUACUGUCAAAAAUAGUUUAGGAGGGAGGUUGGUCAGGGAGUAUGGGUGGACAUAUAACAUGACUGUCUAGCAACCCGAAGGUUGUGUGUUCGAAUCUCAUCAUGGACAACUUUAGCAUUUUCACUAAUUAGUUACUUUGCAACUACUUAGCAUGUUAGCUAAUCCUAACCCUAACCUUAACCAUUUAACCUAAUUCCUAAACCUUUUAGGUACUUAGCUAGCGUGUUAACUAGCCCUAAACUUAACCCCUAACCCCUAAACCUAACACUAACCUUAACCCCUAACACUAACGUUAAACCCUAGCCUAGCUAACGUUAGACACCUAGCUAGCCUAGCUAUCAUUAAUUGGAAUUUGUGCAAUGUACACAAAUGCGUUAUGAAGAAAUACACAAACAGGUGCGCCUGGCACCUACUACCAUACCCCGUUCAAAGGCACUUAAAUCUUUUGUCUGGCCCACUCACCCUCUGAAUGGCACACAUACACAAUCCAUGUCUUAAUUGUCUCAAGGCUUAAAGAUCCUUCUUUAACCUGUUUCCUCCUAAAUCUACACUGAUUGAAGUGGAUUUAACAAGUGACAUCAAUAAGGGAUCAUAGCUUUCACCUGGAUUCACCAGGUCAGUCUAUGUCAUAGAAAUAUUUUUUGUUCACUCAGUGUAGCUUGGAAUGUAGCUUACAAAAGCCUAUUCCUGCUCUUUUUCCGCGAUCCAUCAAACGCAUUGGUUAUCAUAGUGGUCUCUGACUUAUGGUCAGACUCGCUCAGGCGGAGCAAACUUAAACUUGCAAUGAUGAUUUCAAUGUCGUUGAGAAAACAGAAAGGUGUCCAAAAAAUUUUCCAAACAUCCUUUCUGAAUUUAAAACUAAUCCUACAAGUAAUCAUCUAGUUUUUCAAAAGUAUCUGUAAACUGAUUACAAUGUUUUUGUUGCUAACGUAAUGGAUUACAGUUAUCCAUGUAAUCCGUUACUCCCCAACCCUGAGUAUAAUAUAUCUGAAUGUAGCAGGGUCAUUCUUGAAUUGCGGUGGCAUUUGCAUCCCUUGCCAUGAAAAACACUUGACAAAUAGUUACACAUACAUGGCAUUGUUGAAUACUCAUUUCUUAUUGGCUUCAAGAGCAUUCUAGAGCAUGCAUUAUUUCCCUUUAUAAAUUGGGUGGUUCGAGCCCUCAAUGCUGAUUGGCUGAAAGCCGUGGUAUAUCAGACCGUAUGGCUUUCUCCCAAGUGGCGCAGUGGUCUAAGGCACUGCAUCGUAGUGCUAGCUGUGCCACUAGAGAUCCUGGUUCGAAUCCAGGCUCUGUCGUAGCCGGCCGUGACCGGGAGACCCAUGGGGCGGCGCACAAUUGGCCCAGCGUCGUCUAGGGUAGGGGAGGGAAUGGCUGGCUGGGAUGUAGCUCAGUUGGUAGAGCAUGGCAUUUGCAACGCCAGGGUUGUGGGUUCGAUUCCCACGGGGGUAUGAAAAAUAGAAAAAUUAUGUAUGCACUCACUAACUGUAAGUCGCUCUGGAUAAGAGCGUCUGCUGUAUGACUAAAAAUGUAUACCAAAAAUACUUUGUACUGUUGUAAUUACGUUGGUAACAAGUUUUUAAUAGCAACAAGGCACCUCGAGGGUUUGUGGUAUAUGACCAAUAUACCAUGGCUAAGGGCUGUAUCCAGGCACUCAGCAUUGCGUCAUGUGUCAGAAUAGCCCUUAGGGGAGGGAAUGGCCGGCAGGGAUGUAGCUCAGUUGAUAGAGCAUGGCGUUUGCAACGCCAGGGUUGUGGGUUCGAUUCCCACAGGGGGUAUGAAAAAAAGAAUAAUGUAUGCACUCACUAACUGUAAGUCACUCUGGAUAAGAGCGUCUGCUAAAUGACAAAAAAAAUUAAAAUAAAAAAAAUAAGACUGGUUAGCUAAACUAGUAGCUAAGUCUGUUUGUUUGGUUACCAAGGCAACUACUGUAGCUAUCUAGUAAACUUGCUAGCUACUUCACUGGAUGUUGAGCACAUUUCUACCUCCAAAUAAACACAUUUCUAGCGGCAAAUGCGUUAAAUUAUAGCCAUGGUAUAAAAGGGAUAUUCAACUCGGGGCUCUAUGCAUUCUCUGGAAAAUAAUGCAACUCUGUGGAAGGUUAGCUAGUUCCACUCCUCUAGCGUGUCGUGGAUCACACCUUCCACGUCAUUCAUUAUUUCCCUUGGAACGCAUAGCCCCUCAUUGAUUAUCCUUUUCAUAUUGAACUGUUUAUUAAUCACAAAUCAUAAUGGAAGUCCUUUACACUGUAAAACGUUAUGUUUAUGCACUGUUUAGGGCAAGGAAAUUGGCUUAUCCCAGUAGUGAUGAGUACAGUUGUAGUGACAUGAUUUUGGCAUUUAGGGAUGUUAAUCUAUUAUUUUGAAAGCUAUCAAGAAAACAAAGUAUCUCAUACUGUAUAUUGUAUAGAUCAACAACAACAAAAAAUAUGAAAAUACAUUUCUAUUCGAAAAAAUUUAAUAUUUGUCCCUAUGUUUAAUGUCAUUUGUGCUAUUACCUUGAAAAUCACUUAUUACAAAGACAUGCAAGGACCUCGACUGUUCCUUCCAGUGGCAAACUGCUAUCGGGGGAGAGGUCUAUACAGGCCGUAGCUACAUAUGAGGACACCGAGGUCUGGCGUUUCUUUUAGGAACUCAGUCGGGGUCUCAACUUACUGUACAAUACUCAAGAUGCUAUUUUCGAAACUUGGUUUUGCAUUACCAGUUUUCCUCUUAUUAUACUGUAUGUCACUUUCUGACAGUCACGCAAUUAGGCCAUGUCAGUUAAAUUGGUAAAUUAGUCUAGUUAGUCUAGUUAGUUAGUCUAGUUAGUCUAGCCAGCUAUCUAAACUUGUAGUAACCAUGGCCGAAUUACGACCGGGCACGCAGGGCACUUGCCCAGGGGCCCUGACCUCUAGGGGGCCCCUACUGAUUUUGUUAGUCACUCUCACUCAGAUAUCAUAUUAACAUGGCAUAAGUAAUGUGUAUAAUUGCAAGAAAUUAGCUUUUAAAACUGCAAAAAUGUAUCCCCACUUCCAUGGCAAAAUGUGUAGAGUUGCAGGAAAUUAGCUGUAAAACGGCACAAAAAAAUGUGUAAUGUAACGCAAACGUAUUUGUUUAUUUUUAGGCUAUGUGUUUGUAGAUUGACUGAGGUGAAUGAAGCUACAGCAACCAAUGUGAUAAUGGCAGGGAUCAUUUUUGCUUGUUUUUUCUGUUCUCCAAAUUGCAUUUUAGCGUUUGUAUAGAAAUGCAGUAAAUGAGCUUCAACUUUCUUAAGAUUUCCCUUCGGACCUCACUAAAAUUCAGACCCUGGCUAAGAAAAGUAUUAGCGAAUUAAGGGUCGGCUCUAGCCUUUUGGGGGCCAUGAUUACUACAAGUUUAGAUAGCUGGCUAGACUAACUUACCAAUCUAAAAAUAGUUAGCUGACAUGGUUAAUUGAGUGACUGUCAGUGACUGACAUAACAAGAGAACAAUUGCUGAUGCAAAACAACAUUUUGAACUUGCACUUUGUGUAUUUUACUAUUCUAACUCUCAACAGUAAGUUGAGACCACGACUAAGUGUUGGAGGGCUUUUGUUCGGGGGCCCCUUGUGGCCUCCACUUAAGAAAAUCCUCAAUAACCAAAAAUGUGUCAUUGGUGUUAGCGUAAUUGGUAUUACUAAUCCUGCUGGUGGCACAAUGUUAUCAUAAUGGUAAAAAAUAUUUAAAGUAAUUAUGCUGACAUAUUAGUUGAUUUAGAAAAAUUAAGUAAACUUUUUCCUAAAAUGCCAUGCCCAAAUGCCAUGCCCAAAUGCCAUGCCCAAAUGCCAUUGCAAUUCAAGAACGACCCAGCUGUUUAGAUUAGUGAUAAGCUAGUCAUCUAUCAUCCCCAAUUUAGAUGGAACCAAAAGAGUACAGUAUACUUGACACCCCUGGCACAAGGCCUACAUAAUGUGACAGUGUCAUGGUUACAGCCAACCAUUGACACUGUGACUCAAGGACACAGUUACAAUAGCCAAAUACAUUCUAAUAGAUUCAGUGAACUUUGCCCUCUGUGUUGGAGGCCGCCCAAAUUCCCUUAAAAAGCCAAGCUUCUUAAAUCCAGUGUCUGUGUAUUACUUUAAUCCGCUCCUGAAUUUGAGCCAGCUAAUUGUGUGAAUGGUAGGCAUUCAGUUGAAUUGCUAGCUAGCUGGUGUGGGUGUAUUAUUAGUAUGGGUUUAGUGUCUGUAAACAUUUGAUUAAUUAGUGGGAUGCAAUUACAAGCAAUUAAAAGGCUAUUAUGAUGGCACUGAAGGACAUCGGAAGUUAAUCUGGGCUAUCAUCACAAUAAUUAGCCCCCCACUUUCGGAUUGGAUCUGAUGGAGAGAGAAAUAUGAUUAUAUUUUAUACCUCUCCUUUUUUAGUCUUCAGAAAUUCUUCAACUUCUCUCUCUCUCGCUCCCUCUCUCUACUCCGAUAAAGUAAACCUUCAAACCUUCCCAACUUUAUUCGUCACAGCUGCGUUAUCUCUGAAACGUCUAACUGGCAGCAGAUAGAUGGAUCUUUCUCACUCACUCUCAUUCACUUUUCUCUCUCUCACACAUUUUUCUCCAUCCAUCUCUCUCCCUGACAAGCGGUUGUCCGGCUUAAUGGAUGGGAAUAUAUCUAACUCUCUUUCUUUCUUUCUCUCUCUCUCUCUCUCUCUCUCUCUCUCUCUCUCUCUCUCUCUCUCUCUCUCUCUCUCUCUCUUCCCCUAGCAACAGCCAAACUACUGGAGCUUCAAGGUCAGUUUGUGUUUUAGUGUGAAUCUAUGUCCAUGUCUCUGUGGAUUUGUCUAGAAUGGGAUAAUCUGUGUGUGCAUCUUUUUGCUUCUCUUCCCGUCAUUGUGAGUGUUAUAGUGUUGGCACACACUACUGAGACUUAUAACUGAUGUUGGGGUGUAUUUGCUGCUGUAUUUUGAGUCCCUCAUAAAGGGCCAAAUUCUAACUUGAGAUUAAUGUGCUGAAAUUGCUCAUCACGUAAAUCAUGCAUUGAUGUCAAUGGGAGAUUUGUGUGAAAAGUGACUUGUGCCUGGAUGUCAAGUUAGGAUUUGGGCCAAAGAGAAUUACAAAAGCAGACAUCCUUGAAUAACCCUUAUGAAUAUGUAAUAUUUUAUAUAAAAAUAUAUGUAAUAUGUAAAUAAUUUGCCUGAUUUGCAAAAGUUGAGGGUUACAUUACAUUGCUUGUGAAACACCACGGCUGUAGACCAGUUCUGUCUGCAAGGUUUAGGUACUCUUAGUGGACACAAAUCGCAUUCUGGCUCAAUAUGGCUGCCGUUCAUUACCCAGGUGGGCACUUCAUAUUGGCUCCCUCAUAUUCUGGAAUGUCACUAUGUAAAGCUGAUACCGAUCAUGUAGAAUGGAAGGGCUACUGAUUAUUUUGCCUCAUCAGAUAAGGCCCUGUCAUAUGGAGGGGGCAAGUGAUGCUACAGUACAUAUGGGACUGACCGCCUCGAUUCAGACUUAUGCAGCAAAAUUUGAAAUUGUGUUUUUUACAUUGGAUAAAAGUAUAGACUAAGAGCUACAAAAUUGUAUAUCAUACACUGCAGUUGAUGAACAAUGGGAAAGUAAUUCUGCUUUGAAAGUUGAUAAACUGGUAACCCCACUUUUGAGAAAAUGUCCCUUGAAUGUUUUGGUAAACCUACUGGAGAUCUCUUCUUUGUCUACACCUAUUCAGCAUCGUUCACACCCUCUUAAGCCAUAGCCCCACCCAUCUCUUUACGGAUUCACAUGUGAGGCCAUGUGCUAAACUAAGUGAGCAAAGGUAGUUUAGUAAACAACCAACAACUUCAAGACUAAAAGUGGUGGAAGUAGUAGCCAUACAAUAAGGAAAAACUCCAGGUAAAAAUACACUUUAUCUAGUUCAUGGCCUAUAUCCUAUUCAAACUUUGUUGUAGGUCAUGUUGUUCUUCACAUUACCGUCUCUGGUAAACACACACUAUUUCAAAUGAAAUCUAAGUUGCACAGGAUCACAUGCACAGGAUGCAGAAUGUGUAAACGGUAGAGUGAAAUGGUUACUUGCAUAUUUGCAUGGUAGCAAUAUCAAAAAUAAAAAGUGUCCAGAUAAAAUACUGUAAUAAUUAUUAGAUGCCCCAGACACACUUGUCUAAAUUGAUGGAUCAUGUGAAAGAAAUUGUAUAACCACCCCCAGCCAUAUCUAGCUAGCUAGCUAAACAAUUAACCAUAAUUCCAACUCAUAGCUACAGUACAAACGGAUUGUCAUAGCUAGCCACCAUGCAUGAAAUGCUGUAGUAAGAAUCUGCAGGUAGCUAAAGCUAACCAACUAGGUUCAAUGUUAACUAGCUAGCUAACAUUAGGUUUUAACUAGCAAUGCAAAUGGAUUUCUGAGAUACUAAUAAUAUUACUACACAGAUCAUACACAUAACAUUAGCUAGCGAGCCAGCAAGCUAACGUUCGCUAGCUGGCUAACAGUACACUUUAACUUGUAAUGAAAACAACUUUCGGACAAAAUUAGAAACGUAUAAUAUCUGAAAAUGUAGCUAGACUCUUAAGGCGUCAGCAUGCUUCAGUUUGGCUGGCGCCUAGCCGAACUCGGCUAGCCGAACCGAACGUGUGUGCUUGCAUACUCCCUUAAAAAACAUUCGCUUGAAAAAUGAGAAAAAAACGGUAAUAGUACUGUUUGUCCAUUUUGAGACGCUGUAGCCAGUAUUCCUCAAAAUAGUUAGAAUUAAUCUAAGAUAACUCAAGAAAUCUGUCAUUAAUCUGGACGUUUUUGCCGAAGAGAUCUUCAUUGCGCAAUUUUACAUCUACCUAAGAUGUUGGUGCAGUAUUUUUCAAUGAAAGAAUGUGCAUGAAAACAAGUUGUCUCUCAUUGAAUGACAACAAAGACUUUAUUGAACAAUCCCUACUGUUGACCAAUCACCUACGAAAGGGCGUAGACUUCGGCUCCAAACUUCGGCUUGCCUCCAGAAAAAAUGUUGUGUGCCCGAACAGCCCCCCCAAAAAACACGAAGUCCAAAACAAACAAAAACGUCACAAAAUGUUUUCAUAAUAUAUGCACAAACUUUACAGAAACUUUUUAUUCUGGGAAGCAUGCGGACACCUUUACCCGUGUACAUGGAUGAACGAUUCACGGCAGCAUGUCUAUUCCGUUUGGUUUGUAGCUAGCUACAGCUUGUUUGGUCCGUUCUGUCAAGUCACUCCGGUUCACACUGACCGUGUGCAGAAGGUUGUCCAUAACAAUGUUUUCCCACUGAUCUUUGUCGAUAGCGGCAGUUAAAUUCAGGGCAGCAAUGUUGAGAGCAGUAGGAACACUUUUGCAGUUCUCCAUGGCUAACGUUAUAUCUUUCAAAAAAGCCGCGGUAGAAAGGAUUAUCUACACAUACCGAGCAGCUCAUGUUAUAGACAGAAGCGUGCUACAUGGCAGACCAAUCCGAACUUGGCAUGUCCAGCCCACCCAUUAUCUCAGCCAAUCAUGGCUAGCGCGAAGGUUCUUGUCUUUUUCUGUGGCUAAACCAACUAGGCUCGUAAUUUAACCAUUUUAUUCGUAUUUACAGAUGCCAUACAAGUUUGUUAUUAAGGCACAUAAAAGUUCACAUGUUCCAGAAGGCAUUUCUUCCCCAAAACGCAUUUUGAUUAAAAAAAACUAAAACACAUUACGUUCAAAUGCCUAUCCUGUGAAGUAGUGACAUGUGACAUACGCCUAGCUUCUUGAAACAGGUCACAUAUGAAUAAUUCCCUAUGACAGAGAUCUGACUGCUGUGUGUUGCUGACAAAAGAACAAAGCAGGAGAGGAGAAGAGAGGAAAGAACAAGGGAUGGCAGGGUGUUUGAAGCCCAUGUUUUUCCUACUAUAAGUUUCUAAGUUUGCAUCAAGGGCAGAGUUGAUGCUUUCAGAAUGAAUAGAUGACCAACAAAAGUCUACAGUAUAGGAUGGUACUGUCAGGUAUCUGUGUAGCAUCUAAUUCCCCCCCUCUCCCGAGUGGCGCAGUGGUCUAAGGCACUGCAUCGCAGUGUUAGCUGUGCCACUAGAGAUCCUGGUUCGAAUCCAGGCUCUGUCGUAGCCGGCCGCGACCGGGAGACCCAUGGGGUGGCGCACAAUUCGUCCAGGGUAGGGGAGGGAAUGGCCAGCAGAGAUGUAGCUCAGUUGAUAGAGCAUGGCGUUUGCAACGCCAGGGUUGUGGGUUUGAUUCCCAUGGGGGGCCAGUAUGAAAAAAAAUAUGUAUGCACUCACUAACUGUAAGUCGCUCUGGAUAAGAGCGUCUGCUAAAUGCCUAAAAAAAAAAAAAAAAAAAAAAAAUCUACACAGAAGCAUUCUACACACAGAGGCAUUCCAUUAGCGUAGCAGUCUCUCCACUGCAUUUCCAUUGUAAAUAUACAGAAUAUUUCAUAAUUUUGUCACUAAUGCACAUUUCCUAUUUGGAUUUACAAUCCCUGCUUUAUCAACUUGCAUGUCAUACAAUACAUCACUCACAAUUACAUAACUGGUGGUUUCCUCAUAUGCCAGCAGUCCAUUUCCCUCUUAUCUCUUUCAAUGUCACACGCACUGGCUUUAUUGAAUCCCCUGUUUGCUGUUGGCUCCCAGCUCUAAUGGGAUUGGUUAUCGCUCGUCUUCCCUUCCUCUCAGGGAGUCGGGGAGUCUGCUGCUCUGCUCUCACUAUUCUGCAGCAGUGAUCUUCGCUCACUGUGUGUGUGUGUAUGUGUGGGUGUUUGUGUCUCAAUGUGUGUUGAUGUGUGUGUUUGUAAUGUCCCCAUGCUGGUCUCUUUUGAUGUUUCAUUGGUUUGCUUACACUCCAUACGAGCAUGCACACACGCAAACACACACACCCUGUAGAUUAUCAUACAAACAUGCCUACAUUCACAUGGAAGGGCGUGGAUGGACCCAUACUGUAAAUACACACACACACACACACACACACACACACACACACACACACACACACACACACACACACACACACACACACACACACACACACACACACACACACACACACACACACACACACACACACACACACACACACACACACACACACACACACACACACACCACACACACCACACACACACACACACACACACACACACACACACACACACGCACACACACACACACACACACUCACACAACCGCACCUGCAAAAGAAAAAAUGUCCAAGACUCCCCUCCUCAAAUUCUCUCACAUGCUCCAACAAAAAAGAGGGAUUGUCUGUCUGUCUGUUUAAACUACUCUCCAUAGGGAGGCCAUGCAAUGCAUUAAUAUGCUUGCAGUGCCCUCUCUCCUCUCUUGACUGCAAAGACUGCUAGGCAGCAACAGAGGAAAGGAGGACUGUAUAAUUCCCUCCCUCUUGCAGAUCUAAGCCCCACUAAUAGAAACAUUAGUACUGUUGUCUGCACUUCAUAGGCCUCUGUCUGGCUGUCUGGAGUGGGGAAGUAAUCGGAGUCCAUUAUCUCCUCUCCCCUACCUUACUGUUGAAUCAGGCUAGAAAGUAUAUAUACUAUAGUUAAUGUGCAUUCCAAAUGGCACCCUAUUCCCUACGUAGUGCACUGCUUUUGACCAGCGUCCUAUGGGCCCUGGUCAAAAGUAGUGAACUACAAAGGGAAUAACACAGGCUUAGAGCCAUGUAAAGGCUCCUAUUCAGUGACACUAGCUGUAUUCACAUGUGCAAUGAGUAAUUCAUUAGAUCCAGGCGAAGUAAUCAUGUGUCCUAAAGUACAUGGAUUCCUUGAGCUCGACUCCUUUUAUCCAGAGCUGUUCACAAAAAAAAUGGAUUCAAUGCAGGAGCUAUUGUUAGGUGUUCUGUAAGUGGCUUCCAAGCUAGCACAUUUGGUUCCUUGGACGUUGUGGGAACAUACGUUUUUGGUUUCACAUUGGUUGUGGGAACGAAGUUAUGCAUUCCCUGACUGGUAAAACUGAACAUUUUUAAAUGUUCUGAGAAAACAAAUGAAAAUGUUGCCUGUUCUGGGAAAGUGUAUUUUUAGGUUGCAGGGAGAUUCUGAGAACGUCUUACUCUGGUCAAUUUUCUCGACUUUACCUAAAUUACCUCGACUAACCUGUGCCCCCGCACAUUGACUCUGUACCGUUACCCCCUGUAUAUAGCCUCCCUACUGUUAUUUUAUUUUACUGCUGCUCUUUAAUUAUUUGUUAUUUGUUCUUUUUUACUUAUCUAUUUUUUACUUAACACUUUUUUUAUUUUCUUAAAACUGCAUUGUUGGUUAAUCGCUUGUAAGUAAGCAUUUCACUGUAAGGUCUACAACUGUUGUAUUCAGCGCAUGUGGCAAAUAACAUUUUAUUUGAAAUUUGAUUUGAUUAAAAGUCUUCCUGGGAGGUUUUAUUAACGCUUGAGAAUGGAAAGUAUAGGUUAUUUGGAGAUUUUUAAUAACUUCCUUAAAACUUUCACUGAAUGUUUCAAUAAGACUGGACUGUUAAUAACACUGCUAGCUUAUUUUGGGAAUCUUUCUUUUUUUACUCCAAGCGCAAAUAUGACACAUACAAUUAAUUUCCUUAGGCAUAAAUUUUUUAUUGUGACACGGCAUCAGUGAGAUUCAAACCUAUAAUCUUCUGUUCUCUAUCCAUGAAAUUCGUCCACUGCACCACCAGGAUGGAGCUAGCAUGCCAUGGUUUUUUACGCAUACAAAGCUGUUCAUUUUAGUCUAACAGACCCCAUUUCAAAGGAAACAAGCACUCAUUAAGAUCAGGUGUGGCCAACACACUUAACAAGAUAGAGGAUAGAGAGUUUUGUUGAUGCUGAGAACAGAAUGUAUAUGUUUUUAAAUAACAUUCUUAGAAUGUUCUCUGAACUUUACUAAAGUUUUCUUGGGGUUUUUAUGGAAAGUUUUCUUAACGUUCUCAGAACAAUUUGAGAACAUUACUUUAAAUAGAACCAUGAGGAAACCUGUAGGAAACAUUAUACCAAAGUACUGAAAUUCUCACAGAAGAACAUUGUUUCUUAACGUUCUUGGAACAUUCCAAAUGUCAUAAUAGUUGAAGAACGUUGCUAGAACAUUACCAACUACUAUAUAAAAUGUAACCAUGUUUGAACUUUUAGGAAAUGUUCUGUCGAAGUAAUGACAUACCAAAACAAUUAAGAUUUAUUAAUUAAGAACAUUCCCAGAAAGUUGUGAGAGGUUGUAUGCAAAAUAACCAUAGGACAACCAUGCUCUCACCAAGCACUAAGAAACAAAGAAACGUUCUCAGAUAGCUGUGAUAGCUGGGUUAGCGAAGAAGCACAGUUUGAAUGUUAUUUGAUCGAUUGGUUGGAUGAAUGUUUGAUAAAUUGAGUGCUUGAUUGAUUAGAGCACAUGAUAGGAGGUGAACAGAGGCAACAUAUGUGAAAGAAACUGUCAAUAAUAUACUGUGGAGGACAAAGGCACCGUAAACAGUAUACUCUAUAACAAACAAAGCUAAAAUUGCUAUGCUGUUGUUCAGUGUCCUGGUUGAAUGCACUGGUAAGAGUUGCUACCAAAGGACUGAAAUGUAGAAGAAACAUAGUACUACCACAUUUUGACAAGACAUUGAUGUCUUGCCUUGAUGUAUAAGUGUGGAAUAAGUCACUCACACACACAACAUUUUACAUUACAUUUUAGUCAUUUAGCAGACGCUCUUAUCCAGAGCGACUUACAUUUUAGUGAGUGCAUACAUAAAAAAAUGUUUCUUACUGGCCUCCCGUGGGAAUCGAACCCACAACCCUGGCGAACCCACAGCCCUGGCUGGCCAUUCCCUCCACGACGCUGGGCCAAUUGUGCGCCGCCCCAUGGGUCUCCCGGUCGCGGCCGGCUACGACAGAGCCUGGAUUCGAACCAGGAUCUCUAGUGGCACAGCUAGCACUGCGAUGCAGUGCCUUAGACCACAACGCUGUUUCCCGUGGAGGAAAUCUCUGGACUAUCCAUGACACUCAGGGUCCCAUGACUAGCUCAGUAGCUAAACCAUUUGGACAGCUGCUAUUGUUGUCUUUGACUGUUUGCGUGUUGAUAUGACAUUGAGUGGAAAAUCACUAUUCCCUGAUAUCUCAGAGAAUGGCCUGAAUGGUGUUUUUUACAGCCCUAAAAGGCUUAGGAUGCCAGCGGCUGCCAUGUCUCCCCUCAUGACUGCCUUAUGCUGUGGCACGUGGCCAGAAUCACUUAUCGAAGUGCUUGACUAUGAUCCGCCAAGACAAAGACGAUGUUUGGUACUUAAAUUAAUAAUUUAAUGAGAACUUAUUAAGGAUUUUCUUUUACACUGGCGAUGCAAAUUUAAAAUCCUCCGAAAAGUUCUCCAACUGCUUUGUUAUGUAAUUGUACUUAGACAAAUUUUAUAUGAGGCGAGAUCGGCUUUAUGUAUAAACAUUUUGUACAAGGAGUGGAUACAAGGACACAACUAGCUUGAGGGGGAUUGUCCACGAGUGGAGCGCUUGUGUAGUCCCACAAGGGUUCGCUGACUGUCAUUGUACCAGUGGUGGAAAUAGUACCCAAUUGUCAUACUUGAGUAAAAGUAUAGAUAUCUUAAUAGAAAAUGACUCAAGUAAAAGUGAAAGUCAGCCAGUAAAAUACAACUUCAGUUAAAGUCUAAAAGUAUUUGGUUUUAAAUAUACUUAAGGAUCAAAAGUAAAUGUAAUUACUAAAAUAUACUUAAGUAUCAAAAGUAAAAGUAAAAGUAUAAAUCAUUUAAAAUUCCUUAUAUUAAGCAAAGCAGACGGCACCAUUUUCUUGUUUUUACAAUUUACGGAUAGCCAGGGGCACACUCCAACACUCAGACAUUAUUUACAAAAGAUGCAUUUGUGUUUAGUGAGUCUGCCAGACCAGAGGCAGUAGGGAUGACCAUGUGAAUUUGACAAUUUUCCUGUCCUGCUAAGCAUUGAAAAUGUAACGAGUACUUUCGGUUGUCAGGGAAAAUGUAUGGAGUAGAAAGUACAAUGUUUUCUUUAGGAAUGUAGUGAAUUAAAAGUAAAAGUUGUCAAAAUAUAAAUAGUAAAGUAAAGUACAGAUACCCCAAAAAACUACUUAAGUAGUAUUUUUAAGUAUUUUUACUUAAGUACUUUACACCACUGCAUUGUACAUCAUAUGAUUAGAUUGUGCAGGUCAAACCUGUACUCAUUCACAUAGCCCAAAGACACUGAUGUCAAAGACUAGCCUAGCUCCAAAGUGUACACUACUUUGCUCUAUUGUCCAUUACAACACUAUUACUAUGGCUUUUCAAUUAACAUCUUCAUCAAGGCUUUUGUAUUCAGUCCAGUUAAGCAACUUAGGGGUGAAUCCCCACUUCCACUUCAUUCAAAUGUUGUAUUAGUCUCCCACUGACAUCAAUGCAUGGCUAAGUGAAAAUGUGACUUCAGUUGUCGUUAGGAUUCGCCCCAUCAGGAUGUCCAUUAAGUUACUCCUUGGUAUUCGUGUUUAGGGAGUUAUUUAGAUGGGGCUCAUCCCCCAAUUACAGAGCUCACUGGAACGGUAUGCCAGGACUGCAUGGUGCUAAUGCCCAUGAAAUAGGAGGGGGUCGCCCGAGUUCCACAGGGGGGCGGAGACGGGGGUGGUGAAGAGGUUCAGGGGGCGUGGGUGGCACAGCUGUGCACAGCUGCCUUGUCAAUCAUCACAUACACUGCUUAUAGGUCGGAGAAAAUCCACUUUGACAAAGCCAGCCAAUCGGUGGUGAGAAAUCUGUGAUGAGGUAGUGGCAGUUGGACAGACAGGACUUAGGGGAGCAAUAAUAUAGUGAGGUUAAGGUCGAACAGACCAAGGGCAAUAUAACUAUACAGCGAGAGAGAGAGAGAGAGAGAGAGAGAGAGAGAGAGAGAGAGAGAGAGAGAGUGAGAGAGAGAGAGAGAGAGAGAGAGAGAGAGAGGAGAGAGAGAGAGAGAGAGAGAGAGAGAGAGAGAGAGCAAGCGAGAGAGAGAGAGAGAGAGAGCAAGCGAGAGAGAGAGAGAUAGAAGAGAGAGGAGAGAGAGAGAGAGGUAAGAUAAGAAGAGAGAGAUCAAAAAGCAAUCGAGAAGAGAGUAGAGAGAGAGCAAAGCGAAGAGAGAUGAGAGAGAGAGAGGGAGAGGAGAAGAGAGAGCAAGCGUCAGAGAGAUGAGAUUAAGAAGAGAGAGAGAGAGAGGUGGGUGGGUGGGUACAGAGAUGACUAAGGCAGCAUCUGCACAGAUAAUACCAACGUAAUGACAUUCUGGUAGAGACUUGAGGCAGUAGAGAUACAGUAAAGUGAAUGAUAGAGACUUAGAAUUGUGAAGAAAUUGUUUUAGACAGUUGGCAGUUUGAGACAUACAGUAUAGUCAUACAGAGAUCCACAAUAAGGGACCAAGAUGCUAAACAUAGAGGUAAGAAAUGGUUUUGCACACGAGUGACACUUUCUCGCUGCUACUAAACUUAUCAGUAAACAGGUUGCCUGUUAUUUGACAAAUUAUUGAUUUCCAGUUAUAUUGCUUAUAUGGUUGUAUUGUUUUGGUAUUUUCUCUUCAUAAUGGAAGAGUUAUCCAUCUGCAUAGUUCUUCUUAUUGACACAUAUAACACUGACUGCACCAUGACUGAUAUUGUAUGCAAUAUAGUCUUUGUAUUUUCAAUAAUAAAAGAAAUGGCUUUAUAAAAGCCCAUGAGAUCUCCAGUAAAGAUUACAGAGCCUUAGCAGGAGUCAGGAGAGAGAAGCACUGUCAUAAACCAAGGGCAAAUCCAUCAGACAGAAUUGCCUUAUAAGACAUAGAGGAGGUCAUAGGGUAACAGGACACAUUAGUUCUUCUCCAGCGGUAAUAAUGGCUUCAUAAGGCUGUUGACAUAAUGACGUAACACUGUACUAACAGGUCAUAAUAGUUUAUGACAACCAAACUAUUAUGACUUAUUUGUAUUUGUAUUUGUAUUUAGCUGCCAAGGCAGCAGCUACUCUUCCUGGGGUCCAAAGAUAUUAAAGCACUUACAUUACAUAUAAAACAAAAGAUAAAACAAUACAUCAUAUAACAUUAUUACACCACUACAUAUCUACAAUACAAAAUGUUUAAUACCACCAUACAACAAUAUCACAAUGUAUGCGUAUGCAUGUGUCAGUACCUUUGUGUGUGUCUCUUCACAGUCCCCGUUGUUCCAUAAGGUGUAUUUUUACCUGUUUUUUUCUAAUCUGAUUCUACUGCUUGCAUCAGUUACCUGUGGAAUAGAGUUCCAUGUAGUAAUGGCUCUAUGUAGUACUGUGAACCUCCCAUAGUCUGUUCUGGACUUGGGGACUGUGAAGAGACCUCUGGUGGCAUGUCUUGUGGGGUAUGCAUGGGUGUCCGAGCUGUGUGCUAGUAUUUUAAACAGACAGCUCGGUACAUUCAGCUUGUCAACACCUCUUACAAGAACAAGUAGUGAUGAAGUCAAUCUCUCUUCCACUUUGAGCCAUGAGAGAUUGACAUGCAUAUCAUUAAUGUUUGAUCUCCAUGUACUUUUAAGGGCCAGCCGUGCUGCACUGUUCUGAGCCAACUGCAAUUUUCCUAAGUCCAUCUUUGUGGCACCUGACCACACUACUGAACAGCAGUCUAGGUGUGACAAAAGUAGGGCCUGUAGGACCUGCCUUGUUGAUAGUGUUGUUAAGAAGGCAGACCAGUGCUUUAUUAUGGACAGACUUCUCCCCAUCUUAGCUACUGUUGUAUCAAUAUGUUUUGACCAUGACAGUGAACAAUCCAGGGUUACUCCAAGCAGUUUAGUCACCUCAACUUGCUCAAUUUCCACAUUAUUCAUUAUGAGAUGUGUUGAGGUUUAGGGUUUAGUGAAUGAUUUGUCCCAAAUACAAUGCUUUUAGUUUUGAAAAUAUUUUGGACUAAUUUAUUCCUUGCUACCCACUCCGAAACUAACUGCAGCUCUUUGUGAAGUGUUGCAGUCAUUUCAGUUGCUGUAGUAGCUGACAUGUAUAGUGUUGAGUCAUCCACAUACAUAGACACACUGGCUUUACUCAAAGCCAGUGGCAUGUCGUUAGUAAAGAUUGAACAAGGUAAGGGGCCUAAACAACUACCUUGGGGAAUUCCUGAUUCUACCUGGAUUAUGUUUCAGAGGCUUCCAUUAACCUCUUAAGGAUCAGACACUUUUUUUCAAUUUUACUUACAACAGUCAUGCUAAUCACAUUACCGCACGUUAGCUCAACCGUCCCGUAUACGGGACACCGAUCCCGUAGAGGUUAAAUAACACCCUCUCUGUUCUGUUAGACAAGUAACUCAUUAUCCACAUUAUAGCAGGGGGUGUAAAGCCAUAAAACAUAUGUUUUUCCAGCAGCAGACUAUGAUCAAUAAUGUCAAAAGCUGCACUGAAGUCUAACAAGACAGCCCCCACAAUCAUUUUAUCAUCAAUUUCUCUCAGCCAAUCAUCAGUCAUUUGUGUAAGUGCUGUGCUUGUUGAGUGUCCUUGUCACGAUCGUGGGAAGGAGUAGACCAAGGCGCAGCGUGUGAAACAAAUAAUUAGUUAAAGUUAAAUAUACAAAACAAGAAACGACUCGUGACGUCCAUCGAUAACACUGACCGAACACGGAACAAAAACCCACAACCCCCAAGGGAAAACAUACAGUUUAAAUAUGGCUCCCAAUCAGAGACAACCAGCAAACAGCUGACACUCGUUGCCUCUGAUUGGGAGUCACAACGUCAAACAUAGAAUCAAACAAACUAGAAUACCCAACAUAGAAAAUGAACACACAGAAUGAACACACCCUGGCUCAACAUAUAGAGUCCCAGAGCCAGGGUGUGACAGUACCCCCCCCUAAAGGCGCGGACUGCGACCGCGCCUCAACAAAACCCCAAACAGGGGAGGGCUGGGUGGGCAUUCCUCCUCGGAGGCGGCUACGGCUCCGGCCUUGACCACCACCCCUCCAUAAUUCCCCCGUAGCGCCCCUGGUCCGGUCUGACCCCGCUGGCUGGAUCUGGACUGGACAUUGACGGAGCGGAUUGCUUACGCUCCGUUGUGGAGCAGCUGACCGGUCUUACCAGGCUGACGACUCGCCCCCCGGGCUUGGUGCGAGUAGCAGGAACGGGCUGAACCAGGCUGACGACUCGCACCCCUGGCUUGGUGCGAGUGGCAGGAACGGGCUGGACCAGGCUGACGACUCGCACCCCUGGCUUGGUGCGAGUGGCAGGAACGGGCUGGACCAGGCUGACGACGCACACCGUAGGCUUGGUGCGUGGAGCAGGGACAGGCCGGGCUGGGCUGUCGACGCACACCGUAGGCUUGGUGCGUGGAGCAGGGACAGGCCGGACAGGACUGUCGACGCACACCGUAGGCUUGGUGCGUGGAGCAGGGACAGGCCGGGCUGGGCUGGCGACGCACACCGUAGGUUUGGUGCGUGGAGCAGGAACAGGCCGGGCAGGGCUGUCGACGCACACCGUAGGCUUGGUGCGUGGAGCAGGGACAGGCCGGGCUGGGCUGGCGACGCACACCGUAGGUUUGGUGCGUGGAGCAGGGACAGGCCGGGCUGGGCUGUCGACGCACACCGUAGGUUUGGUGCGUGGAGCAGGGACAGGCCGGGCAGGGCUGGCGACGCACACCGUAGGUUUGAUGCGUGGAGCAGGGACAGGCCGGGCUGGGCUGGCGACGCACACCGUAGGUUUGGUGCGUGGAGCAGGGACAGGCCGGACCGUACUGGGAACACACACCACUGGCUUUAAACGGGGAUCAGGAACGGGCCGGACCGGACUGGCAAUACACCUCAGUCCCUCUCGCCGUGCCUCUACGACUUCCUUCCCUCCUCUCGCCAAUGGCUCCCGUAACCCGGUGGCCUUCUCUCCUCUUCUCCUAUUUCGCCCUGUGGCAGCCUCCUGCUGCCCAGUCGCCCAUGCCGUGUGCCCCCCCCUAAAAUUUUUUUGGGGGUGCCUCUCGUCCGUCCGACGAUGGCACUGCUGACGCCGCUGCUCCUCUCUCGCCAGGGCCUUGAUCCUACCCCAAGGUCCCUUGCCCCCGAGCAUGUCCUCCCAGGACCACACUUUGCCCACCUGGGCCAUCGCCAGCCUCUCCAUCUCCUUUCCUGGCGCUUCCUCCCAUGACCAGGCUGCCUGCUCCUGGACACGCUGCUUGGUCCUUGUACGGUGGGUUUUUCUGUCACGAUCGUGGGAAGGAGUAGACCAAGGCGCAGCGUGUGAAACAAACAUGACUUUAAUUAGUUAAAGUUAAAUAUACAAAACAAGAAACGACUCGUGACGUCCAACGAUAACACUGACCGAACACGGAACAAAAACCCACAACCCCCAAGGGAAAACAUACAGUUUAAAUAUGGCUCGCAAUCAGAGACAACCAGCAAACAGCUGACACUCGUUGCCUCUGAUUGGGAGUCACAUCGUCAAACAUAGAAUCAAACAAACUAGAAUACCCAACAUAGAAAAUGAACACACAGAAUGAACACACCCUGGCUCAACAUAUAGAGUCCCAGAGCCAGGGUGUGACAGUCCUUCCCUAUAAGCGUGCUGAAAGUCUGUUGUCAAUUUGUUUACUGUGAAAUAGCAUUGCAUCUGGUCAAACACCAUUUCUUCCAGAGGUAUACUAAGGCUUGGUAACAGGCUGAUUGGUCGGCUAUUUGUGCCACUAAAUUGUCAGACCCCGGUGGCUUGUCAUUGUUGAUGGACAACAAUAAUGUUUUCACCUCUUCCACACUGACUUUACGGAAUUCAAAAGUACAAUUCUUGUCUUUCAUAAUUUGGUCAGAUGUACUUGGAUGUGUAGUGUCAGCGUUUGUUGCUGGCAUGUCAUACUUAAGUUUGCUUAUCUUGCCAAUAAAAAAAGUCAUUAAAGUAGUCGCCAAUGUCAGUGGGUUUUGUGAUGAAUGAGCCGAGUUUACCUUUUUUACCAACAUUUCAUUUAAGGUGCGCCAAAGCUUUUUACUAUCAUUCUUUAUAUCAUUUAUUUUAGUUUCAUAGUAUAGUUUAUUUUUAUUUUUAUUUAGUUUAGUCACAUGAUUUCUUAAUUUUUACAGUCAUUUUCUUAAUGGGAGCGUGCUAGGUUUGCCAAUUAACAGUUUUUACAGUCAUUCUCUUAAUGGGUGCAUGCUUAUUAGUAACUGGAAUAAGCAAUUUCAUAAAUGUGUCAAGUGCAGCGUCUGGUUGCUCCUCAUUACACACCACAGACCAGCAAAUAUUAUUUACAUCAUGAACAUAUGAUUCACUACAAAACGUAUUGUGUUACACUAUAUUAGGCCCAGCCUUUGGAACUUUGGUUUUCCUAGAUAUGGCUACGAUAUUGUGAUCACUACAUCCUAUGGAUUUGGAUACUGCUUUAAAGCUAAUUUCUGCAGCAUUAGUAAAGAUGUGAUCAAUACAUGUUGAUGAUUUUAUUCCUGUGCUGUUUGUAAAUACCCUGGUAGGUUGACUGACAACCUGAACCAGGUUGCAGGCACUGGUUACAGUUUGAAGUUUUUUCUUGAGUGGGCAGCUUGAUGAGAGCCAGUCAAUAUUUAAAUCACCCAGAAAAUAUACUUCUCUGUUGAGAUCACAUACACUAUCAAGUAUUUCACACAUAUUAUCCAGAUACUGACUGUUAGCACUUGGUGGUCUAUAGCAGCUUCCCACAAGAAUGGGAUUUAGGUGAGGCAGAUUAACCUGUAGCAAUAUUACUUCAACAGUAUUUAACAUCAAAUCGUCUCAAAGCUUUACAUGAAUGUGGUUCUGAAUAUUGACCGCAACACCGCCUGACAGUCUGACAGGCUCAGAUGUUAUUUAUUAAUUGGAGGAUACCUUUAUUACAGUAUCUAUCAAAGUUUGAUUGCAUAGGUAGAAAUUUGUUUAUGAUUGUCGAGAGCAAGGUUGGAAUAGGAAAAAGAUCUCUCUGGGAAUUCACUACUCUGAAAUCUCCAGGCAUUCUUCUCCAAAACAUUUUUGUAUUUCCCCUGAGAUUUUAACUUUGGAAACCACAUUCCCAGGUGUUCCUCCCAAAUUCCACCCCUCUCCUCCCUAUGAUUGUACUGUUGAAGAGGAUGGUUGUGGGGAGGUUUAUUGGUUGUUAUCCCAGUGAAAAUGUCAGCUCGUAAUGUAGACAGACACAGCAGGAAUAAAACGUGGGCAUACAGAGUGCAGCCGAGCUUGUCCUCUGCUUCCCAGGAGCACCUGAAGAGAAGGCCUGCCCUCUGAGCCUCUCCACAGCUGCUGCCUUCAAAACUAAGAGUGGAGCAGAAUUCAACCACCAUGUUGUACUUUACGCCUUUUCCUCUUGUUUUUUGUUUAUGUGUCUCCCUCGCUUGGGCUCAACAUCAAGUUGCUAUUGCUCUCUUACGGGAUCGCCCGCAAACACCUGCAUGCACACUUGCACACGCUUAUUUGCUACACAUACACACUCUCUCUCUCUGUCUCUCGCACUCCCUCAUUCCCUCCUCUCACCUCUCCCUUGCUGUACGUUUCAGUCUCAGUCUUCCUCCCUCUGCCUUUCUCUCUCUCUCUCUCUCUCUCUCUCUCUCUCUCUCUCUCUCUCUCUCUCUCUCUCGCUCUCUCUCUCUCUCACUUUCUCUCCUGCUCCCUACUUCCUCUCUCUACAGCUGACUAACCACAAACUUUGCAAUUCCCUCGUGCCACCAACUUCUCUCCUCAACAGCUUGAUGCUUGUGGGAUGUUAGAAGCAGAAGGUGUACUGCUUCUGGCUCACACACAUGCCUUAAAUCUCAACACAAAUGAGGGGCACCACUUGCAACCUGUCAUCCUGCUCAAUUCAUGACAGAUGUGUGUAUUUGUGUGUGCAAGUGUGCGUGUCCAUCUUUACCUACUGUGUGUGUUUGUGAAUGGGCAUUUAUUUGUGUGUGUGUAGGUAUGUGUGCAUUUGCAUGUGUGUGUUUGAAUGUAUUAGAGGCGUGUGUGAGCAUACCCCCAUCUACAGCUUGGGUGUGCCUUUUGCUGGCACACCAAAUCAAAGCGAGCCCAACUGUGGCUGUUGGGAAGAGAACAGAUGCAUAAGUGAAUGUGAGCAGUGUUCACAGAGAACUGUCAGAGCUCAUUACUGUAGUCUUUGGGCUGGAAAAUGGCUGUCCGUGGGGAUUCAUUAUAAACAACCUGCUCUAGCGACUCCUGCAAUGCGCUGCUGUAACGAGAGGUCCAUUUCCUCAUAUUUCCUCACAUCUUCAUCAUCUUAUCUUCCCUCGGUGGUUAGAAUUGGGCAGGUGAAGUCUGAAGCCUCAGUGGUAACCUGCAUUAUAAUGGAAGUUUGUCUAGCUAGUGUUCUGCUAGCUUUGUUCAUCAGUGUUCUUUUGGUUCUAAUUCUCUGUGGAGUGGGUACUGGUGAAUCUGGCAUUAAACACUCAAGACCACAUGAUUUACAUAGCAUUAAUAAUAGAUAUUUAUAUCUUUCCAUUUCUUCGUGUAAAUUGUCUCUUGGCUAGUAUGAACUCAAAAUGAAUUCAACACAUUUAACUCCUCAGCUCACACUUCAAUACAUUUGUUUGAAGCUUUGUAAAAUAUGUUUAUUGCAACAGUUUUGGUGGCUGCUGCGUCGUUAUGUUUUAUGCAGUUGUCUCAUCCUGAGGAAACUGCUAUGCUGUUUUGGCUCUCUGUCUGGGAUUUUUUUGUUGUGUCUGGUGGUUUUAUCUUGUUUUAGGCAAUUCCCUCGUUUUGUCUGUGUUAUUGGUUGUCUUUUUGCAGUGGUUGUGUUGUUUUGUCUGUGUUAUUGGCUGUCUUUUUGCAGUGGUUGUGUUGUUUUGUCUGUGUUAUUGGCUGUCUUUUUGCAGUGUUUGUGUUGUUUUGUCUGUGUUAUUGGCUGUCUUUUUGCAGUGGUUGUGUUGUUUUGUCUGUGUUAUUGGCUGUCUUUUUGCAGUGUUUGUGUUGUUUUGUCUGUGUUAUUGGCUGUCUUUUUGCAGUGUUUGUGUUGUUUUGUCUGUGUUAUUGGCUGUCUUUUUGCAGUGGUUGUGUUGUUUUGUCUGUGUUAUUGGCUGUCUUUUUGCAGUGGUUGACUUGUUUUGUCUGUGUUAUUGGCAGUCUUUUUUGCAGUGGUUGUGUUGUUUUGUUUGUGUUAUUGGCUGUCUUUUUGCAGUGGUUGACUUGUUUUGUCUGUGUUAUUGGCUGUCUUUUUUGCAGUGGUUGUGUUGUUUUGUCUGUGUUAUUGGCUGUCUUUUUUGCAGUAGUUCUGUUGUUUUGUCUGCGAUUUUGUGGUUGUCUUUUUGCAGUGGUUGACUUGUUUUGUCUGCGGUUAUUUCACAGCAGCUGUGUGGCUUUGCUGUUGUGUUUUUGUUGUUUUGCCGUGUUGAUUGUAUCAAUCUGUCUCUCCCUCUAUCCCAUAGGCCCGUACCCCCCGUGUGAUCCGUCCCAACCCCAACCAGCCGGCUCUAGCUGACCAGGCCAGCAGAGUAUCCUUUGCCUCGGCUGAGAUCCUGGAAACCAUGUCUGAGGCCGACGUUCCCCUCGGGUUCAACCGCAUGAACCGCCUCCGCCAGAGCCUGCCCCUGGCACGCUCAUCCAGCCAGGCCAAGCUCCGCGCGCCAGGUCAGAACAACAUGGUCAAAUCAGGGUCAUAUCACCGUCGUAUUGACCACAGUCAUAGCAACCAACAUAAUAAUAAUAAUAAUAAUAAUAAUAUGCCAUUUAGCAGACACUUUUAUCCAAAGCGACUUACAUCUGUGCCAUCUUUGUGGUUGUAGAUACGCUCGCUCUCAAGGGAGUUCUAUUCAUAUUCAUGAGGAGCAUUAGGAUCACAUUCUCAAUAUUUGGCUAAUUACAGAUCUAAGUGUGUAAGUGAUUCUAUUUCGAAUGAGUCACUGAUUGCCACGAAUUCAUUUUGAAAAAGCCCCAGCAUACAGGUGAGAUUAUUGCAAUGGUACCCUCUCUGUCCUCUGUCCUGUGUGUAGAAGAUCAUUGUGUGAGUGUUUGUGUGAACAAUCAGGUCCCAAAUUAUUGUCACCCUUGAAAAAGAUGAGCAAAAUAUACUGCAUAAAAUAAAUUAUGUUGUAUAUUUUGUAUAAAUAUAUUGUAUAUAUUGUAUGCUCAGAAAAAUUGGGAAAUUAUAUUAUUUUAUACUAAUAGUAAUAUUGUAAUAAUGUUUUUCUCUCAAAAAGAUAAGGGUAAAAUGUAUUGUCACCCCUGUUUUCACUACCUUUCAAUACCUCACUUUGUGACGAUAAUGGCACUGAGCAGUUUCCCCAAAAAAAUUAUGUGAUUGGAGAACACAUUGGGAGGGAUCUUAGACCAUUCAUCCAUACAGAAUCUUUCCAGAGCCUUGAUAUCCUUCUUCUGUGCUUAUGGAUUGCCCUCUUCAAUUCAAACCACAGGUUUUCAAUGGGAUUCAAUUCCGGAGACUGAGCUGGCCAUUGCAAAAUGUUGAUUUUGUGUUCAAUUAACCAUUUAUUUGUGGAUUUGAUGUGUGCUUGGGGUUAUUGUCUUGCUGGAAGAUCCACUUGCGGCGAAGUUUCAGCCUCCUAGCAGAGGCAACCAGGUUUUGGUCUAAAAUGUCCUGGUACUGAGUAAAGUUCAUCAUGCCAUUGAUCUUAACAAGGGCACCAGGACCAGUGGAAGCAAAAUAGCCCCAUAACAUCAAAGAUCCACCACAAUAUUUUACAGUACAUGUAGGUACAGUGCAUUCGGAAAGUAUUCAGACCCCUUCACUUUUUCCACAUUUUGUGACAUUACAGCCAUAUUCUAAAUUGAUUAAAUUGUUUUUUCCCUCAUCAAUCAACAAAUAAUACCCCAUAUAGACAAAGCAAAAACUGUUUUUUAGAAAUGUUAGCACAUUUAUUAAAAACAAAAAACUGAAAUAUCAGAUUUACAUAAGUAUUCAGACCCUUUACUCAGUAUUUUGGCAGUGAUUACAGCCUCCAGUCUUCUUGGGUAUGACGCUACAAGCUUGGCACAGCUAUAUUUGGGGAGUUUCUUCCAUUCUUCUCUGCAGAUUCUCUUAAGCUCUGUCAGGUUGGAUGGGGAGCAUCGCUGCACAGCUAUUUUCAGGUCUCUCCAGAGAUGUUCGAUCGGGUUCAAGUCCGGGCUCUGGCUGGGCCACUCAAGGACAUUCAGAGAUUUGUCCCGAAGCCACUCCUGCAUUGUCUUGGCUGUGUGCUUGGGUUUGUUGUCUUGUUGGAAGGUGAACCUUUGCCCCAGUCUGAGGUCCUGAGCGCUCUGGAGCAGGUUUUCAUCAAGGAUCUCUCUGUACUUUGCUCCAUUCAUCUUUCCCUCGAUCCUGACAUGUCUCCCAGUCCCUGCUGCUGAAAAACAUUGCCACAGCAUGAUGCUGCCACCAACAUGCUUCACCGUAGGGAUGGUAUUAGCCAGGUGAUGAGCGGUGCCUGGUUUCCUCCAGACGUGUCGCCUGGCAUUCAGGCCAAAGAGUUCAAUCUUGGUUUCAUCAGACCAGAGAAUCCUUUUGGCAAACUCCAAGCGGGCUGUCAUUUGCCUUUUUCUGAUGACUUCCUUCUGUCUGCCAUUCUACCAUAAAGGCCUGAUUGGUGGAAUGCUGCAGAGAUGGUUGUCCUUCUGGAAUGUUCUCCCAUCUCCACAGAGGAAGUCUGGAGCUCUGUCAGAGUGACCAUCGGGUUAUUGGUCACCUCCCUGACCAAGGCCCUUCUCCCCCGAUUGCUCAGUUUGGCCGGGUGGCCAGCUCUAGGAAGAGUCUUGGUGGUUCCAAACUUCUUCCAUUUAAGAAUGAUGGAGGCCACUGUGUUCUUGGGGACCUUCAAUGCUGCAGAAAUGUUUUGGUACCCUUCCCCAGAUCUUUGCCUUGACACAAUCCUGUCUCUGAGCUCUACGGACAAUUCCUUUGACCUCAUGGCUUGGUUUUUGCUCUGACAUGCACUUUCAACUGUGGGACCUUAUAUGGACAGGUGUGUGCCUUUCCAAAUCAUGUCCAAUCAAUUGAAUGUACCACAGGUGGACUACAAUCAAGUUGUAGAAACAUCUCAAGGAUGAUCAAUGGAAACAGGAUGCACCUGAGCUCAAUUUCUAGUCUCAUAGCAAAGGGUCUGAAUACAAAUGUAAAUAAGGUAUUUCAGUUUUUUAUUUUUAAUACAUUUGCCAACAUUUCUAAAAACCUGUUUUUGCUUUGUCAUUAUUGGGUAUGGUGUGUAGAUCGAUGAGGGAAAAAAAGUAUUAAUACAUUUUUGAAUAAGCUGUAACUUAACAGAAUGUGGAAAAGGUGAAGGGGUCUGAAUACUUCCCGAAUGCACUGUAUGUGAUUAAUUUCUACAUAUGCAUAUAUGUUUUCGACAGGUGUGUGUGGCCAAAGAGCUCUGUUUUCAUGUCAUCCAACAAAUGUAAACGCCUAGAGUUUGGUAAACGGCAUUGGCACUUGGAUUGAAAUAGGUGCUAUGGUCAGAUGGCCAUGCACAUGCCAUGGGUUUUGCUUCGAAAGAAAGAUGCACAUGUAGAAAAGAACCCCAUACAAACUGUAAAAUAUGGUGGUGGAUCUUUGAUGUUAUGGGGUUAUUUUGCUGCCACUGGUCCUGUGGCCCUUGUUAAAGUCAACGGCAUCAUGAACUAUACCCAGUACAAGGACAUGUUGGACCUGACUGUACAGUAUGUGCAUGUGUUUGUUGAUUCAUUACAGUCAAAUGACACUCUCCUCUCCUCUCCUCUCCUCUCCUCUCCUCUCCUCUCCUCUCCUCUCCUCUCCUCUCCUCUCCUCUCCUCUCCUCUCCUCUCCUCUCCUCUCCUCUCCUCUCCUCUCCUCUCCUCUCCUCUCCUCUCCUCUCCUCUCCUCUCCUCUCCUCUCCUCUCCUCUCCCCCUGCCUCCCUUCAUCCUCCCCCUCAGGCAUUCUCUUCCUCCAGCUGGGGGAGGAGACGAGGCGGGUGCACCUGACCCAUGAGCUGACCAGCCUGGAGACCCUGAGGGCCCUCAUCGUCCACAUGUUCCCCCAGAGGCUCACCAUGGCAAUGCUCAGGUGGCUUUAUCACACUUUACUAGAAUGCUCUGUUAUAAAGGCUACAUAACACUGUCAUAACAAUGGCAUAGCAGGUGUCAUAAACAGUCAUCAAUAUAACAACUUACUUUACAACAACAAAAAUAUUACUUUAGCUAAGAUAAUAUCAGAUUCAUUAGCUAAUAAGAUGCAUCCUAUGAAUUGAAACAAAAACAAAAAAUGUUAUUAUGUAAUUACCAAAGUAAUAAGAAUAAGUGGCCUGUUAAAUUGUAAACCAAAGGUAAUGUAGAGGACAAAAUGCUCAGGUAUCAAUGCCCAUGUUCAGGUGCCCCAGCACGGCCCUGCUGAUCAAGGAUGAGGCCCGUAACGUCUUCUAUGAGCUGGAGGACCCACGAGACGUCCAGGACCGCUGUGUCAUCAAGAUCUACUGCAAGGAGCCGGUCUACGGCACCUACCCUGGACACCACAACCCACACCUGGCUAACGGAGACCUCCGGGUGAGUGUAGAAGGGGGAUAUUUGUGUCUGUCUGUCCAUCUGUAUGUGUAGGCGUUGCUCGCCAUCAGGAGUGGUGGUCACUAAAGGGUUACAAGGACCUCAACAAGCUCUCUACAGAAUUGAGUGCAAAUACUGAGCCAAUUACUUCUUCGCCCUAAAUACCAUUAUAUUUGUAGCUAGUCAUGCUGUUCUGACAUUGAUAGUAUUUUGUUUACAAAUGGAAAAAAAGAGUAGUCAUUAUGUAACCUACUGGAGCACAAAUUAAACUCAGCCAGUCUCUAUUAAAUGAGUCUGCAUGACUGAGUAAUAUGCUAGUACAACAGUAGCACCACUGUUGCUGUUUUUGAAUCCAUGCCAACCUGUUUCCCUCCAAGGCAAAAAAAGUAUGUUUGCUGACUGAUAAUGUUGUGUAAUGUUGUACAUACACAGUUGUUCUCAAAUGGUGGGUCGGCUAGAGACAUGGCUUUGUGUAUUUAAUGAGACACUACAAAGUGCGGUUUGAGAGCUUCAAGUUCCUCGGUGUCCACAUCACUAAGGACCUAUCAUGGUCCAAACACACCAACGCAGUCGUGAAGAGGGUACGACAAUGCCUCUUCCACCUCAGGAGGUUGAAAAGAUUUGGCAUGGGCCCUCAGAUCCUCACAAAGCUAUACAGCUGCACCGUUGAGAGCAUCUUGAUUGGCUGCAUCACCGCUCGGUAUGGCAACUGCUUGGCCUCUGACCGCAAGGCGCUACAGAGGGUAGUGCGUAGGGUCCAGUACAUCACUGGGCUGAAUUCCCUGCCAUCCUGGACCUCUAUAACAGACGGUGUCAGAGUAGAUGGCCCUAAAAAUGUUCAAAGACUCCAACCACCCAAGUCAUGGACUGUUCUCUCUGCUACCGCAUGGCAAGCGGUACCGGAGCGCCAAGUCUGUGACCAAAAGGCACCUGAACAGCUUCUUCUAAGACUGCUGAACAGUUAAUCAAAUGGCUAACCAGACAAUUUACAUUGACCCCCUUUUAUUAUUUAUUUAUUGAUCUUAAUUGUUUUGCACCGACUCCCUUGACUGGCUCUAUGCACACUCACUAGACUCCACCCACACACUCACAACCAGCUGGUACCACUACACAGUGACGCAGUACUGGUAAUCCUUGUAUAUUGCCUCGUUAUUGUUUUUAUUGUGUUACUAUUUCCUUUUUUAUUUAGCAAAUUUGAUAUGAUUUGUCUUACUUUUUAACUGGGAAUGGGCCCGUAAGUAAGCGUUUCACUGUAAAGUCUACACCUGUUGCAUUCGGCGCAUGUGACCAAUAACGUUUGAUUUGAUUUGAUUUGCUUUAGGCUUAGUCGGCCGACAACUCAAAUACAGUAGAUUGGGAAAUGUUGGCAUACGCAGUAUAGAACUGGCGUUGUGUCACUCUAGACAGUGAUAAGCAGAAAAGAAGGAGAAAAGAAGGCGAUAGAAAGUGAGAAUGUGAGAGGGGGGAAGAGAGGGGAGAGAAAGAGAGAGAUUUUGACACUUCUGCCACUUCCACUCAUGUCAAUCACCACCCUAGGGGGCCCUAGUGCAUGUGCAUCUGUCUGUGCAAGUGUGUGUGUGUGUUUGUGUUUGUGUAUGUGUGUCUGUGUGUCUGUGUGUGUGUGUGUGUGUUUGUGUGUCUGUCUGUGUGUCUGUAUGUGUAUUUGUGUGUGUCUGUCCAUGUGUGUAUGUGUGUGAAUUGCAGCUGCCCAGUGCGUUUUGGAGGUCAACUCUCCGAUCUCCCCCAAGCUUUACUUUGCAACAACGUUGCGCACAAUACAGCUCACCACAACUCAGCUCCGAAUUUCCCCUCCACUCAGCUCUGAAUUCUCCCUUGCGUUUGAUGGCUUUAUCAAGCAACUUGGUUUAACUUGGGUUUUAUGUGCUGGAGGAUAGGAGGAAUCUGAGAGAUAGGAGCUACGGUACAGAGGUGAGUAAAGGGGGCUGGACAUGAGCCAGCCGAGCAGAGAUGACUAUCUGAUUACAGACUGUAAACGAUGACUGGGACCACUGAGUAGCACUGCACUGAGACAGGGAGGAUGGAAGGACAAAUGGAUGGACGACAGGGCUUAGUGGAGAUUGAUUGGCUAUGAGGUGACAGGUUAGAGUAGUGGGGGGGAGAUACAGCGACAAUGUGAUCUGCUGUGAUCUAUAAGGGACAUUCUGUGUGACAGUGGGGCUUGGGAAUCUAGUGUGAGAUGUGGUGGUGGUGGGCCCCUGUCUAGUCACUCACAUCUAGUGGGAUUAUUUCCCUGUAGAUAUAGAGGCAGUUGCUAAGAUACAGGAUGGAGAUGGUGGAGAUGAAGGCGCUCCAGUCAUUACUCCAGUGUGUGUGUAGAGUCCAUUGGGGGCUGUAUUGUCGGUGAGGUUAUUGUACAGUAGGUAUAUACACUCAGUUGCCAGUUUAUUAGGUACACCCAUCUAGUACCAGGUCAGACCCCCCUUUGCCUCCAGAACAGCCUGAAUUCUUCGGGGCAUGGAAACGUUUCUCAAUUGGUAUCAAGUAACCUAAUGUGUGCCAUGAAAACAUUCCCCACACCAUUACACCACAGCCACCAGCCUGUACCGUUGACACCAGGCAGGACGGGGCCAUGGACUCAUGCUGCUUACGCCAUAUCCUGACUCUGCCAUCAGCAUGACGCAACAAGAACCGAGAUUCGUCGGACCAGGCAAUGUUUUUCCACUCCUCAAUUGUCCAGUGUUGGUGAUCGCAUGCCCACUAGAGCCGAUUCUUCUUGUUUUUAGCUGAUAAUAGUUUAACCAUGUAGGGUCGUCUGCUGCAAAGCCCAUCCAUGACAAGGACCGACGAGUUGUGCGUUCUGAGAUGCCGUUCUGCACACCACUGUUGUACUGCGCCGUUAUUUGCCUGUUUGUGGCCCUCCUGUUAACUUGCACGAUUCUUGACAUUCUCCUUCGAGCGCUCCUCAACUAGCUGUUUUUGCCCACAGGACUGCCGCUGACUGGGUUAUUUUGUUUGUCGCAUCAUUCUCGAUAAACCCUAUACACUGUCGUGCGUGAAAGCCCAGGAGGCCAGUUGUUUCUGAGAUACUGGAACCGGCACGCCUGGCACCGACGAUCAUACCACGCUCAAAGUCACUUAUGUCACUCAGGUUUUGCCCAUUCUAACGUUCAAUCGAACAAUAACUGAAUGCCUCGAUGCCUGUCUGCCUGCUUUAUAUAGCAAGCCACGGCCACGUGACUCACUGUCUGUAGGAGUGAACCAUUUUCCUGAAUGCGGUGGUGUACCUAAUAAACUGGCCACUGAGUGUAUUUUGGGCAGGUAUAUUAUACAAAUAUUAUAUGGCAGGUAUCCUGAUGCAGCACUCCACCACUCUCCUUCUUGGAAAAAUAGCCCUUACAAAGCCUGGAGGUGUGUUGGGUCAUUGUUCUGUUGAAUAACAAAUGAUAGUCCCACUAAGCCCAAAUCAGAAGGGAUGGCGUAUCUCUGCAGAAUGCUGUGGUAGCCAUGCUGGUUAAGUGUGCCUUGAAUUCUAAAUAAAUCACAGACAGUGUCACCAGCAAAGCACCCCCACACCAUCACGGUGGGAACUACACAUGCAGAGAUCAUCCGUUCACCUACACUGCGUCUCAAAAAAAUCUACAAUUUGGACUCCAGACCAAAGGACACAUUUCCACCGGUCUAAUGUCCAUUGCUCGUGUUUCUUGGCCCAAGCAAGUCUCUUCUUCUUAUUGGUGUCCUUUAGUAGUGGUUUCUUUGCAGCAAUUCGACCACGAAGGCCUGAUUCAAGCAGUCUCCUCUGAACAGUUGAUGUUGAGAUGUGUCUGUUACUUGCUCUGUGAAGAAUUUAUUUGGGCUACAAUUUCUGAGGCUGGUAACUCUAAUGAACGUAUCCUCUGCAGCAGAGGUAACUCUGGGUCUUCCAUACCUGUGGCGGUCCUCAUAAGAGCCAGUUUCAUCAUAGCGCUUUAUGGUUUUUGUGACUGCACUUGAAGAAACUUUCAAAGUUCUUGAAAUGUUCCGUAUUGACUGACCUUCAUGUCUUAAAGUACUGAUGGACUGUCGUUUCUCUUUGCUAAUUUGAGCUGUUCUUGCUAUAAUAUGGAGUUGGACUUUUACCAAAUAGGGCUAUCUUCUGUAUACCCCCCUACUUUGUCACAACACAACUGAUUGGCUCAAACACAUUAAGAAGGAAAGAAAUUCCACAAAUUAACUUUUAAGAAGGCACCCCUGUUAAUUGAAAUGCAAUCCAGGUGACUACCUCAUGAAGCUGGUUAAGAGAAUGCCAAGAGUGUGCAAAGCUGUCAUCAAGGCAAAGGCUGGCAAUUUGAAGAAUCUCAAAUCUAAAAUAUAUUUUGAUUUGUUUAACACUUUUUUGGUUACUACAUUAUUCCAUAUAUAUAUGACUGGAUGUCUUUUGUUUGUCGCACCAUUCUCGAUAAACCCUAGACACUGUCGUGUGUGAAAAGCCCAUGAGGCCGGUCUUUGAUGUGCUGUCUUUUGAAUCACCUGUGAUGUUGUAUGGUAUGGUAUCUGCUCUAUUGUACUCUAUUCUGUUGUACCUUAACCUGUUAUAUUCUAUUGUAUUCUACGUUGUUUUGUUCUACUUCUGCUCUAUUCUGCUCUAUUCUCUUCUCUUCUAUUCCACUCUAUUCUAUCUUGAAUGUUGCCGUUUAUUUCUAUCCUUCCUCUCUUCCUCUGAUGACAGAGGGAUAUGGUGUACAUGCCCCAGCAGGAUUCCCCAACCAACCGUCGCCUCAGCAACGCCCCCGCACCCGCCUCCUCUGCCUCUGCCCCCUCCGGCUCGCCAUCCCGCGUCCGUCUCCUCUACAGUGGGGGCCGCCCAUCCUCUUACGCUGGGCAACCUCACCCUCAGCAUCAUCCCCAAACCCACUCCCUCCCCCACCCCCACCACACCUCGCCAGGGGGUCAGAGUGCAGCCCACCACCAGCAUCACCCCCAGCAGCUCCACCACCAGCCCCAGCAACACCAGCCCCAGCUACAGCACCAUGCCCAGGCAGGCUUCUCCCCCAGUGCAAUCCUGGAGCGUAGGGAUGUGAAGCCCGAUGAGGAGGUCCACGGCAUCGGCUCCAGGAGCAUGGUGCUCCGGCGGGGUGAUGCAGGGGGGAUCUAUGCCGACCCCUAUUCCCUGGGCCAGGAAGGAGGCCGCCUCAGCCUGGCCGGCCCCCACUCCCCUCUACCCCCAAGAGGGGACGCCUACGGCUCUCUCUACCGGCGUGGAGGAGGUGGAGGUGGAGGGGGCGGAGGAGGGUUGGGACCCGGCUCCGUGCGCUCCCUCACUUCCUACUCGGCGGCGGCUCUGCAGGGAGAGCUGAUGGACAGUGGCAUCCUCUACAGGCCUGGAGGCCCACUGUAUAAUGAUGCAGCCUACGCCGCGUCCAUGAGGGACUUGUAUUCGGGCACCAUGCCCGGCCGGGACUCCCCUGGGAGGCAGACUCUGCGGAGGGACUCGGUGUCCUCCUGCGUGUUUGGGGAGAGUCCCAAAGCUAGGGGUCAAGGGUCAGGGUUGGGGUCUGAUCAGCUGUGUUUAAUGGCUGGACCUGGAGGGGAGGGCAGUGGUUUCAGUUCAGCACCAGGUUUCAGUUCCCCUCUACCAGGCAACGAGACAGAGACCAGGUAAGAGUGUGUGUGUCUGUGUGUGUGGUGUGUGUUUGUGUGUGUGUGUGUAUGUAUGUAUGUUUUGUGUGUCUGUGAUGGGUAUUUUGUGUGUAUUUAAACUGACUCAUACCCUAUGUGUGUCAUUGCUAAGGGGGCGUAUGGAGGCCAUGGAGAAACAGAUAGCCAGUCUGACUGGUCUACUGCAGACUGUUCUGACCAGGGGACCAGAGGCCGACAGCCCGUAAGACACACACGCAAGCAUGCACGCACAAACACACACAGGCACACAUGUAACGGUGGGGACAGUGGAGGAAGCUAAACUGUUAGCAGCACACUGAUGUCCGUUUCACUGGUGCCGUGACCUGGAUUGGCAGUUGGGCUCAGCUCAACGGCCGGGUCACACUUGCUGUGUAGUGAGUUUAGAAGGGGUGAGUGUAACGGAGUUAAGAAUGUACCGUAAGCUCACUCCACAGCUAGCUUGAAAUGUCGCCGAUGGAGCUAUCGAAUUAGAUAUUUUUCAACAGCUCAAACGGUUGGUAUGUUGGCAAGGAGGGCUGUCGUGUUGUUGCGAAGCAGAGGAUCAAUGGUUAAAGCCCGGUAUGGGGACAGGGACAGUGGAGGAAGAUAUACAGUUAGCAGCACACUGAUGUCCGUUUCACACACACAGGCGUGUGCACACACAUACACAUACAUACAUACACACACGCACACACACAUUCAGUACAUACAGUACACACAGAGUGGGGACCUAAAGCUAUUUUGUAUUUUACAGGGACAAGAUUGAGACGGCCAGUGACUGCUCUGGGACAGACAGUAAGUAUCAAUCAGGGAUACCUGACAACAAAUAUACAUUCACUUUCACUGUGUCCCAUUGACUUGGCAAUAUAAAGAGUAAGGGUUAGGAUUGCACAGCAUUGCAAAAUAAAGAACAUGAUCCAUUGCAUAGCAUUGUAAAUGUUCUGUAGCUGAACUGCUUACCGUAUGUGUACUGCUCAUGUGUGACCGAUGUGCUUGAAGAACCAUCAAGUGUGUAUUUGCUUAUGUUAGUAAUGGGUGCCAUGCUUCUUGUGCCUUAUUUUAGCUGGACGGUUAAAAAACAAGAAAGGUAUCUUCUUGUCCAAAGUCCUCAUCCUCUUUUCCCUGUGUGUCUCAAUGACAGACGGCUUCCCUUACAGUUGGUGUCUCCCGUUUGAUGUACUUUGAGUUUUGUGAGGAUUCUGUUUUGAUUCUCUUGUUUGUUAUGUCUGCAUUCAGUGUCUGGAUUCAGGACUCGGCUCAGAAUAUGUUUCCCAAUCCAUACUGUUCAUGCUGGAAUAUUAUUGUGCUUGUCUUGUUAUUUGGUUCUUUGGGUGGAUCAAGAUUUAUUUAUACUCCUGAUACCAUUCACACAGACCUGCAAAAAAUAUGGUUAAUUGCAGGAAGUCGUCUGUGUGAAAGGUGAUUUUGUGUUGUCAGAUAAAAAUAGGCCAUUUACCUCUUUAUCUACGCCCACUCCAGACAGGUAUUAGAAGGCCAGCUUUUAGUUAGACAAUGAACUUAGAAAUACACUGUAACUGUCACAUGCCCUCCCCGAAAACAAGGUGUUCUUCUACAAUUAGUUGUGCCAAGCUCCAAUUUCUCUGUCUCCCAGUACAGGUAAGAAGUCUUCUAGGAAGUCAGUUGAGCGGUAUACUGCAGUACAUCUGCUCUUCUGUUCAAAUUGUAACAUUCUGUAUGACCUUGUGUUUUAACCAUCUCCUCUGAAAGAAUAGUUCACCUAAAUUACAAAACCAAUUUUAAGUUUCUUUGCCUGGAAAGUGAUCAGUGCUAAUGGACUAUUUGGACUAUUUUCAAAGCACUUUAAUUGUUUUCAAUGUAGAGCAAUAAGUGAUUUUGUAGUUCGGGUGAACUCCAAGUUUGUGAGUUUGGUAGUCUUACCAAACCAGUCCCUUUAUUUUGUUAUGCAUGAGAAAAUGUGCCUGAGAAAAUGCCGUAUAACAAAGCUAUCUGUUCAUUGUCAUUUCAAUGAACCCUUGUGUCAUUUUAACCCCAAGCAUCAAAGACUUGCUCGCUCGGGCUUGUUGUGGAUGCUAUGUUGUUGCCCCUGGAAUUUAAAUGAAUGUAAAGAAAUACAGCUUUGGAUAUGGCUCUGUGUGUCCUAAAAACCUUCCCCAUUCUGUCAAUCAUCUUUACACCUGUGUACAAUCCUGUAGUCCCUCCCCACUUUACGAUGGAUGGUAUAAUUGGCUACAGUGACAGUAGAAUGCACAGUCAUGAGACCCUAAUCCUACUUUCUGAUUGGCCAGCUCUGACGCCGUCGGCUCCAUUGGCCCUGAUGCCGCCCCCACCCACAGGGUCCUCCCAGCCACUGACGGUGUCGCGGCUACAGAUGCAGAUCCACCUUCAUGGCCUGCAGCAGAACACCAGCGAGCUGCGCAAACAACUGUCCCAGCUGCGCAACAUCCAGGUCAGCACCAGAGAACACACACACACACACCACACACACACACACACACACACACACGCACACACACACACACACACACACACACACACACACACACACACACACACACACACACACACACACACACACACACACACAUUCCUCAAGGCACUGUUUGUUUUUACAUGUGUUUAUGUAUCAAUCACUGCUCUUGCUAGUAUCACUGCUCUUUAUUAAGCUUUACAUAUCAGCCUUGAGGCCUUAGUCAGAGCUUUGUGUGUGUAGACUUGACGUUGUGCUUGUUUGACUUAUGCUUGUUUGACGUAUUGUCUAAGUGUGUGUGUGUCCCAAUAACAUGUAUUUGGGUCUGUCCAUGUCUCCCCUCCCAGUUGGAGAACCAGGACUCAGUGCAGUCCCUGCUGAGGCAGACUGAGUCAGAGCUGAGCCUUAUGAUGCUGGAUGCCAUGCGGACCCAGGAGGACCCUUUGCAGAGGCAGCGCCUCCUAGUGGAGGAGGAGAGACUCAAGUACCUCAACCAGGAAGAGCUGCUCAUCCAGCAGCUGCAGUGAGUUUAGCCUUUAAGUCAGGGUCUCUAACUCAAGAUAGGGUCAGUGUGAAUGAAGAAAUAGUGCAAACUGCUCAGAUAGAAAAAAGCUGAAUGUGUGUUGAGCUGGAACCAUGCAGUGCCUGCAUACUUGGUGGACACUUUGUUGUUAUGCUAGACUGAUGUCAUUUUUUGGUGUCCACAGCGAUCUGGAGAAGUCAGUAGAAGAACUCCAGAGGAACUCAUCAGUCAACCACGGCCUGGUGACAGAGAAGGAAGUGGAGCAGAAGAGCAUGGAGCUAAGGUCUUUGGGAGAGACCCUCACAGAGCUCAAGAGUAAGCAUAUAGCGGAUAACGAUACAGGAAGAUACAACAAUGAGGCCAUUAGCUGUGUGAAAGUCUGCUAUGUUUGGAUGGAAUAAAAUUAACCCCUCAUAUAAUUACCUUCAUAGAUAAUUGCAACAAGGACAAAAUAGUGACAGUGAUUAGGCAGGUGAAUGUCCCUAAUAGGAGAGUCUUAUUAAGAAAGAUGUGCUAGAACAUGCAGAUGUUGUCACGUGUAGCAUCAUAGCUAAAAACCACACAGUAGAACGAGAUGCUUGUUUAACAACUAAUGUGAUACGAGCCUUUUGUGCACCUAAAUUACCCUGAAAUCAUUUCUCCACGCAGUAGCUGAACCACAGGGGGCAGAGAGUACAGCAAGCCCUGGCAGAGAGCAUGACAGGAGACACAGACACUGCAUGACUGUUUUACAAACAAGCAUGGAUAUAUCCUCUUUCCCUCUCCCAUUAAUUUAAUUAUGCUCCUCCCUCCCUCCCUCCCUCCCUCCCUCCCUCCAGACCAGUUCCCCAGUCUGCAGAGUAAGAUGCGCGUGGUGUUGAGGGUGGAAGUGGAGGCUGUGAAGUUCCUGAAGGAGGAGCCACACAGACUGGACGCACUGUUGAAACGCUGUAACAACAUGACCGAUACACUGACCACACUACGCAGGUAUGGUUGAACACAACACAAUAUACGCUAUAUAAACCGUGUUGUUACGUUGUUGUUCAAUUGUUAUAACCUGUUGUUACGAGGGCCCCAUUCAACUGGUGACUUGGUUUUCAAGAUAAGCAAAAAUUAUGCUCUUUCAAUACAACAUGAAAGCAUGUUCAUAUCUAAAACUUUUUGCAGCAGAUGAAAAAUAUGUUUCUUUGACUGAUCCCAGAAACCUGGUCACCAGGAUAGAUGCAAUAGGGCCCUGAUAGUGCUGUGUGUGUUGUUAGUGUAUUGUAUGCCACCUGUACGUACAGAAAAGUGACCGAGGGCCUGUGGAAGGGCCAGAAUGACAUCUCCAGCCAGUCAGCCAAGCGAACUGAGCACACAGGAAAGAGCUCGGACCUCGACAUACUGACCAGUCCACCACUCAACCUCAAUGACCUGGAUGGCAGUGCCAGCCUUGCCAACUGGAUGCCCGUAUCAGGCAGUGACCCAGACGCUUCGGGUCCUGAGCAGGACCCCCACCCUAUGGCCAGCUACAGAAGCCGGGUCCUGGACGAGCUGCCAAGCCGCCGCGGUGCUGGCAAAUCAGUGUCUGCGGAGGUCAGACUGGUACGGAAAACCCCUCCUGUAUUUUUUUACAUUCUAUAUAAUCCCCCUCACAAUGCUAAAUGUACACUUUUACUGGGGAAUCUGUACAUUUACCAGUGUGAACAUCUCCCUGGAAAUAUAUACAUUUUACAAAUUUCCCCUAUCAUCCAUAGUAUAUCCGUGUACAUUUCCGCAAUAUAAUUCCAAUAUACAGUAUUUGGGAUGACAAAUAUGUGUGGUUGUAUAGGCUGCAGAGCGGGAUUGGGAGGAGAAGCGGGCUAGUCUGACCCAGUUCAGUGCCCAGGACAUCAACCGUCUGCUGGAGGAGACCCAGGCUGAGCUGAUGAAGGCCAUCCCAGACCUGGACUUCGCUGCCAGGCAGAUCAAUAAGCCUGCUGUGCCCCCCAAACCCCACCCCAAACCUCAGUUCACCACCCCCAUCACUACCUCCACCACCACCUCCACCACCACUAGCACCACCACUAGUUCCAGUACUGAGCACCAGCCCAACAAGGUCCAGGUCACUGGCCAGAAGCUGGAGGGGGGCUCACAUCGCGGAUCUGGUGAGACUGAAUACCACAUCCACGUUCUAAUAUAUACAGUGCCUUGCAAAAGUAUUCAUCCCCCUUGGCGUGUUUCCUGUUUUGUUGCAUUACAACCUGUAAUUUAAAUGGAUUUUUAUUUGGAUUUCAUGCAAUGGACAUACACAAAAUAGUCCAAAUUGGUGAAGUGAAAUUAAAAAAAUAACUUGUUUCAAAAGAUUAUACAAAAUAAAUAACAGAAAAGGGAUGUUUGCAUAUGUAUUCACCCCCUUUGCUAUGAAGCCCCUAAAUAAGAUCUGGUGCAACCAAUUACCUUCAGAAGUCACAUAAUUAGUUAAAUAAAGUCCACCUGUGUGCAAUCUAAGUGUCACAUGAUCUCAGUAUAUAUACACCUGUUCUGAAAGGCCCCAGAGUCUGCAACACCACUAAGCAAGGGGCACCACCAAACAAGCGGCACUAUGAAGACCAAAGAGCUCUCCAAACAGGUCAGGGACAAAGUUGUGGAGAAGUACAGAUCAGGGUUGGGUUAUAAAAAAAUAUCAGAAACUUUGAACAUCCCACAGAGCACCAUUAAAUCCAUUAUUUAAAAAUUGAACGAAUAUGGCACCACAACAAACCUGCCAAGAGUGGGCUGCACACCAAAACUCAUGGACCCUGCAAGGAGGGCACUAAUCAGAGGCAACAAAGAGACCAAAGAUAACCCUGAAGGAGCUGCAAAGCUCCACAGCGGAGAUUGGAGUAUCUGUCCAUAGGACCACUUUAAGCCGUACACUCCACAGAGCUGGGCUUUAUGGAAGAGUGGCCAGAAAAAAGCCAUUGCUUAAAGAAAAAAAUAAGCAAACACGUUUGGUGUUCACCAAAAGGCAUAUGGGAGACUCCCCAAACAUUUGGAAGAAGGUACUCUGGUCAGAUGAGACUAAAAUUGAGCUUUUUGGCCAUCAAGGGAAACGCUAUGUCUGGCGCAAACCCAACACCUCUCAUCACCCCAAGAACACCAUCCCCACAGUGACAGUGAAGCAUGGUGGUGGCAGCAUCAUGCUGUGGGGAUGUCUUUCAUUGGCAGGGACUGGGAAACUGGUCAGAAUUGAAGGAAUGAUGGAUGGCACUAAAUACAGGGAAAUUCUUGAGGGAAACCUGUUUCAGUCUUCCAGAGAUUUGAGACUGGGACGGAGGUUCACCUUCCAGCAGGACAAUGACCCUAAGCGUACUGCUAAUGCAACACUCGAGUGGUUUAAGGGGAAACAUUUAAAAGUCUUGGAAUGGCCUAUUCAAAGCCCAGACUUCAAUCCAAUUGAGAAUCUGUAGUAUGACUUAAAAAUUGCUGUACACCAGCGGAACCCAUCCAACUUGAAGGAGCUGGAGCAGUUUUGCCUUGAAGAAUGGGCAAAAAUCCCAGUGGCUAGAUGUGCCAAGCUUAUAGAGACAUACCCCAGGAGACUUGCAGCUGUAAUUGCUGCAAAAGGUGGCUCUACAAAGUAUUGACUUUGGGGGGUUGAAUAGUUAUGCACGCUCAAGUUUUCUGUUUUUUUGUCUUACAGUUUAAAACUUUAUGAGAAAUAGCCAUUAUUUACUAUUUUACACUUAGGGUUACUAUACAUGAUUUUAAUCCAUUUUAUAAGAGAUUCUCCAAAAUUGAAAUGCUCUAGGCUUUUAUAUAUAAACUCCAGUCGUACUUUAUCAAAAUCCUUUUCAAAGUCAGCUAUGAAUAGCAGGCCUGGUUUCCCAGAUUUUUCAUAGUGUUCUAUUGUUUCCAAUACUUGCCUUAUAUUAUCUCCAAUGUAUCGUCCAUGUAAAAAACCUGUCUGAUUAGAAUGAAUAAUGUCCGACAAUACCUUUUUUAUUCUAUGUGCUAUACAUUUUGCUAGCAUUUUUGCAUCACAACACUGAAGUGUAACCCAAUUUUUUAAUGGACAGGGUCUUUAUAUUUCCCACUUGUAUCCUGUUUCAGUAAUAAUGAAAUCAGACCUUCAAUAUUUGUGUUUUAGUUAUGACUGAGCUGUCCUAUAAAGAUAUGAUAUCAUUGUAUGUUUUAGCGGAGCUGACCGUUACCAGGUAUCGUGCUGAGAAACCCUCUAAGUCUCCGCCUCCACCCCCUCCUCGCCGCAGCUUCCCAUCAGCCCAUGGGCUCACCACCAAUCGCAAUGGAGAAGUGAUCGUCACCACCAAGAAGGUACAGUAAGAGAGAGAUGGCUGAGAAAGAAAUACCUGCAAAGUACGAAAGUACACAUUAAUAUUUUUUGAAGAUAGGCUAUUUGGAUGUAUGGAUGUUAUAAAGAUCUGUCACAUAGACAUGUUGCCAACCCUGUUUGUUUUUAUAAGAAGCUGGAGCCAGAAGACGGAGAGGCGCUGAAGACUCUGGUCAAGCUGAGAAGGACACCGUCUGACACCCUCCGCCCCGCCUCAACUCCCCCCGUCAUCGCCGCCUCAGCGAUUAAAGAUGAGGAUGACGAAGAGAGGAUCAUUGCUGAACUAGAGGUAGGAGUCUUUUUUUUCUUUAAUGCAAUUUACAAUGUGUUACACUGGUGCAAAAUUGUAUACCUUGAGUAGCUGCAUACAAAAUGUAUGAGAAUAUGACAUACGGUAUGUAUUUUGUUCGUUGCAGUCGAUGUUCGGUGUGCCUUAGCAAUGUGAUAACAUUGUCUCUGCGACACUCUCCCACACGACACCCUUCACCACCCACCACACACCACCUGACAGAUAUUUCAGCGAACCACUGUCAAAGUGUCCCCUCCCCACUCACUGCCCAGCACGCUACCGAGGCCCACCCCUGCAGCCCGUACCCUUCCUUGCACCUCAGGCUCCCUGGGAAUAAAGGUAAACCUUAAGCCCCCCAAAAUGCUCUCUCGUUUUGCAGUGUCUGCGGCCCUACUUCUUACUCUGUCUCCUGUCCUCUCCUCCUCUUUCAGUCACUGCUGUUCCACUGCACUUGUUUCUUAGAGGGCCACUAACAUGCCUGUUGAUCAUGGAGAUUCUCCUCUAAUUCUGCUUGAUGCAGAAGUUCUCUGGGCUGAAAACACGUCAUAGUGCUUCUCUUCUCUUAUUCGACCACCAAACAUCUACUGUCUAAUUCCAUUCAAUCUAACUCCCCUGUCUAACUUCGCUAAUGACUCCCCCCCUCGCUAAUUCCACUGACUGCAUUCUACAUUCUGAUCUGCAUUCAGUAUUCUAAAUAAGCUGUGCUCUAAUUCUCUAACAAACUAACUGACAGUCCUGGUUUCUGGAGUGCAUAUUGGAAUUACAUGCGUACUGCAUGGAUUGUGUUAAUGUGGAAUCAUGUAUUUAAAUUCAAGGUUUAGCUGACAGACUAAGGCAAGUGUCAGAACUCUCUUGCUGCUCAAAUGACACAUUUAUCUCUGUCGAAGGUCUUGUUUUAUCGCUCCCAGAUCAAAACAAGACUCAGCUCACUAGGGAAGCUGUCAAAACAGCGGUGGUACAGCCGGUUUCAGGUGAACAGCUCCGCACUACUGACAGAAAUUGAUCUGCUGGAUUUGGACCAACUUUCAAAACCCAAACCCUUAUAUGGCAAAACUGAUCAGCUCCAGUGAGACUCUCUGCACCCAAAAUGGCAUCCUAUUUCCUAUAUUGGUCACUGCUUAGGGCUCUAGCCAAAAUGUCAUCUCAGAUUUGACCAUAACCUUCUUCAUGCUCUUUGUCCUUCUGUAGAAUGCGAGCAACUCACCAGGGGCAUCCAAGGGACCCCAGUCAACUGUAGCGGCUAGACUGAAGCACCUCCAGCAAGGCAGCCUGGAGAGGCCCAAGACCAGGAAGCAGAGAGAGGACUUCCCCAAGAUCCAGGGCCAGCAGCAGGUAUUCCACUUCUAGAAUGCCCCUCCUCAGAGGAGUAGCCCUCUUCAGAACAGCUCUGGUGGCCUGUGACAUUGACAACUGCCCCCUCUCACAGCUGUCUGGGCAACUACUAUACUGGGAUACAAUAUGUUAUCAGUGGACAAUAAGGUGACGAGAAAAGGGUUGGGCUCAUCGGAAAUCACCAAUGUUGGUUGUUACAUUAUUUGACUUUGAGCUGUGGUUGGAUCCAAAAUGGAUUGUGUACAGAGCGUACUCUUUCCCAUUGGCUGGCAUUGAUGUUUCUGAGGAGGGUAAGGUAGUGGAGGUAUUGUGCACUUAAUAAGCUAAGUGACACCUAAACUGCACUCCUUGAUUAUGCCACAAAAUAGUUUUACAUCUCAAUGUCGAACCACUGACUUUUAACCAAGUAGAUUAUGAUCCUACAGUACCACUGUUCUUUGACUCUGCUUCCUUUCCUCAAAUCACUAAAUCAUUCUGUCUCCAGCUGAGUCAUUUAAAACCACUGUCCAAAAGCGAGAGGGUCAGGAGAUGGAAAAGUAAUAAUUCUCAGAAUAUUUGCCCUUGUGCAGCACACCUCCAACGUUUCUCUGGAGCAAAUAAGACUGAAGUCCUCCUCCCUCCUCUCUGAAGCAGCAGUCUUACCUGGUUCAGCAGGCACUCCAACUUAGUAGGCUGAUCUGAGUGGCCCUGUCCCACCUUAGCCCAAACUGUCCCUCUCAAAGGACCUUCUGGCAGCUCUCAAAGUCAGGUAGAGAUAACACAGAAAGCCACUCCGUCCCAGCUAGGACCUGUCCUGAGCCAGUCAACCCAAUCCUUGCAUUACCCUAACGGGGAUAAUCCACACUCCAUUAGCUAACUAAAAUAGAGGCCACUUCAUUUGAACUCUAAGAAACAGGACCCAUGUGGUGCUCUUUAGGCUUAGGGGGUCUAUUCACGGGUUAUUGGAGUUAAAAAGACUACCCUUUGGACUGAAAAACGCCCCCAAAAUAUUGCCAUGGUUCAACUCGCUUAGGAUGGCUGGAUUGAUGCACUUCUACAUGCAUAUUUGAUCAGAUCUUAAAGGUUUUUACCUUGUGUGGGGCAAAUUCAUCUCAUCCACCACCAAAGCUGUAACCACAUCCAUUUUGGUAAAGCACAAGGUUUGCGCCAGAACACAAACCAUACCUCACUCUUUGGGGUGAAGGGGAUAGGAGUCAGAAACCACUUGCAAUAUGUGUAAAAACACAAAAGUAUCAUACAAGUGCAGAAGAUGACUUCCCAGAUAGGUCAGUGCACUUCACAACAAUUCCCAUUAGCGAAUACAGUAGUUAGCACAUGGCUAAACCUCUAUUUGACACUGGAGAAAUACACCCCAAGCAUUAGUAUUCAUGUCUAUUUCCAACCUGGUCUCAGAGCAUUUUGUAUUAUUCUGUACAUAAACCCAAGACACUCCAUUUAGUAUGAUAUGUUACGUUUCGUAUGGUAAAUCAAAUCAAAUCAAAUUUGAUUGGUCGCAUAAACAUAUUUAGCAGACGUUAUUGUGGAUGUAGCAAAAUGCUUAUUUUCCUAGCUCCAACAGUGCAGUAAUAUCUAGCAAUACAAAAAGUGCAAAUCUAAAAAGUUGGUAUGUAUUCAUUUGUGGAUGUCCAUCAUCCAUUUCGUAUGAUAUGUUACGAAUUGUGGUUACGGUUAGGGUUAGGGGAAGCGUUAGCUAACAUGCUAAGUUGUUGCAAAGUUGCUAAUUAGCUAAAAUGCUAAAGUUGUCCGUGAUGAAAUUCGAACACGCAGCCUUUGGAUUGCUAGACAUUCGCGUUAUACGCCCACCCAUCCACCCCGACCAACCACCCUCCUUUCGUUUUUGCCUUAAGUAACCUUCUGUCUUAUGUAACCAUACCAAACGUAACAUAUCAUACUAAUUUGAGGGUCCCUGAUUUAUAUUUACUCAUUUCAAUCUAGUCUAUGAGACCAGGCUGCUAUUUAUGCUGUUUGCUGGAAAUCACUCAAUCGUGUGAGAUUGUGUAUGCCUCCUAGUGUACCUUCCUUCCCCAUCUCCCUUUUGUCAUGAUGUCAGAUACGCCCUCUGAGUCUGCGGAUGACAUUUAUUAGGGUCAUUACACUGUGCAAAUGUUUUUGUGCAGAUUACGCUCAUUGCAAGACUGAGUCCUCUCAUGGUGCUGAUGUAUUUUAUUAAAUGUCUGACCUGACAUUUAGUUCAAUGUAUGAUGUUUGUAGCAUACAGUAAUAUAUAUCUAGGCAACUGGGUCAGUAAAAUGUAGUAACCUGUCUGUGAUCAAACAAACAAAAGACCUGUUGAAUUUAAACUAUAUGUUUAACAUAUGCAAAUAUUAUGAAUGAAUGUGUUGGAGUCAGUUGAAUAUAUUGGACAUACAUGCAUCUAUGUGACCUGUAUGUACAGUGUGGGUAAAAUAAAACCCCAUGGGUAGGCUAUUUUGUGUACUGUAAUGCAUCAUGUUAGGUUAAUUAUUUCAACAAUACAAGACUGCUUCAGACAUGAACCAAUGAGGUCAUUUUGAACCAAUAGGAUUUAACCAAGACUGUACCACAGAGUAACCUUGUUUUUUCCCCUUUAUUUUAUCCUGAGGGGAAAAUGUGCACAAGCUGAAAAAUUGUUAACAUCAACAAAAGUGAAGUUUGUGUGUGCACAACAUAUGAAUGCCUAGGGGUUAUCUGAUUUUAAAAAAAGGCUUAGUUGGCAUUCUUCUAUUUGAUAUCUUAGUCCAGUGCCUGAGGACAUUGUGUGGACAUGCACUCCACACAGUGCUAUAGCUACAUUCACUGUUUCAAUACCUGUCCAGAAGGAAUGCCAACAGGCAAUGACCAGGUGCUAUCCUUUAUAUCUCUCCUGAGUAGGUGGACUUUUUGUUUGCCCCUGAAUGGAUGAUUUUGGCAUUAAUGCCUUUUUCAUGAUCCAAUAUGAAUUAGAAUUAUCUGGGGAAUGGAGGCUCUCGUGUCUUCUGUGGGUGAUGGUGCACCUGUCUGUUCAUGUCCUUGUAAAGGAUAUUUGUGAAACAGGCUCCAAGAGCUACAGAUGUACCGGUGUCCCUCGAGGCAAAGAUGAGGAUCAUGUCACAAGAUACUUUUCCCUUUUAAUUUUACUCUAGCUGAUGUAAACUAUCCUUUCCCAUCCUUUUUAACCCUUGAAUGCUUCAGUUGAAAAGACCCAAAAUAUCAUUUGCUGUACCACUUUUUAACCUGUUCUCAGGACAUUUUGUAGGAUUUGGUACGUACAUCUGUUAAGUCCAGAUAGUAUAAUAUGUUAUGUUACUUUUGGUUACAUUAUGAAUGGAAUGGCGGUCCUACAAUAUCAUACAAAUUAGAGGAUGUACAGUACGUCUUACCUGGUCGUACAAUAGCAUACGAGUUGGAUAAAGUAUUUAUCAUACAUCUUGCAGGACGUAUAGUAUUAUAUGUCUUUCUCUGAGACCAGGUUGCUUGUCGUGUUGGAACAACAAAGGAGAAUUACGGGGAGAAUUUAUGUUGGUGGUUAGGAGAACUAACGUCAAAGGUUAGCAUAAUUUCCGCAAAUGUUUAGGAGAACUAAAAUGACAAAGGUUAGGAGAAUUUACGUAGCAGGUUACAUUAAUAGGGUUAAGGUUAGUGUGGUAUCGCGUCGAAUGCUGGUGGGUAUUGCUGUCAAUCAAAGAAUCCACUUAGGCUGCACCGUGUUUUAGAGGCUUUUAUUAAUAUCACGAUGUUACAGCAUAAGUUACAGACCCGCGCAGUCUGGAGAAGCCGUCCCAAAUGAAUCUCAAUGCUUUCUGACCCUCCUUCGUUUUUCCCCCAGUAUAUAUAAACUCCCAAGAUGUGGGUGGCUCCCCCUACUGUCCAAUCCCCUGUCUACAACACACUUCCUGUCUGUUGUAUGUGGCGUUACACUAAAACAUUCCCUCUUGAUACUAAAAUCAACAUUCUUUCAGUUAAACAUUUAACAACGUCAUAAUCUCAAUACACGACAUUAGAAUUAGGGUUAGGGGAAGAGUUAGCUCAAAUGCUACAGUUGUCCCCGAUGCGACUCGAAAAUGCAACCUUUGGAUUGCUAGACGGUCACGGAAUACGCCCAACCAUCCUACCCAACCAACCUCCCUACUUUCGUUUCUGUCUAAAGUAACUAGACCAUUAGUACAUAUCGUAUGUUUUGAGUGGUGCUCAGAAAUUCGUAUAGUAUAUUCAAAUUAAAUCAAAUCAAAUGUUAUUGGUCACAUACACAUAUUUAGCAGAUGUUAUUGCGGGUGGCUCUGCGGCUCAGAGUCCAGGCUGCACUUCUUGCCCCUAGCUCUCCUUCCACAAUUACAAAUUGCCCCUCCCUCUCCCCACAUUGAAUGUCCUGAAUGGACAUAUCUAUAACCUCCAUGCCCCAUGUAGACCAAAGCUAGUGUAGUCAUCUAAUGCUCUUCAUCCCACCCAGUCUAUCACACUGUGAGCAGUGGGCCUUCCAAGGACACACCCCAGCCCCAUCUAUCAUGAGGAGAAUACAGCCAGAAUAUAGAUGACAUUGAUCUAAAGCUGCAUCAGUGCAACCAGCUCUCUUGGCAUCCUUAAAGGCAUGCCUCUCCUCUCUUCUCCUACCUCCCCUUUGUCUAUGCUCUUGGCUUAAUAGGAAGUCUGCGUCGUUAAUCUUGGGCUUUUGUCUUGUUUCUCCCCGUAACCCUUUUGCCCCGUUGAACGGUUGGACGUGUAAACCAAUGUGGCAGCGUUGUGGGGGCCCUUAGACAUCUAAUCGGAGGGGGAAAUCUCUUGUUCGCUAAAGGCCAAGGCAAUUAAUUAGCAUUGGCAUCAAAUUGCACUUGAUGAUGUGUCCAAAUGUGUCAGCGAGAGAGGCUCAGCGCCGGCUUUUCUCUCUUUGGGUUUGUUUGUUUGGGUCUCCAAGGCUCUAUGGAGAAGCCCCUGUAGGUGCAAAGUGACGGGAGGAUAAUUCAGAUCCGUUCAUUUAGUCUGGGAGGCAGCCCACUGUCUGGACAAAGAAAGCAUCUUAACUGUUUCAGACAUGACCAAUUCAUUGAAAAUGUGUGUUGUUUCGGGGUGAGAAUGGUCUGGUUGAUCCUAACAGCCAAUAGUAGAUUUGGGUUUUAGCCCUAUAUGUGUCCAAACUAGCCAGGAGCCGAGGGCAAAAGUACAAACCAAAACGUCAUUGACCAAUCACAGAGCAAGAAUGUAUGCCUAGGGUUAACCAGGGUGAAAGCAGAGUUCAGCCUUCACUUAUACAUAUCAUAUAACUUGAGGAAACCUAUUAUCCUGUACUCAGAAUAUAGCUCCUCCAUUACCUACUCCUAUUCCUAUCCUUCUCUACCUCUUCCUCUCUUCUUCUGAAAUCUCAAUCCUUAUUUCCUCUCCUCUUCUCGAUUCACCCCUCCCUCUCCUCUCUUCUCCCAACUCCCCUUCCUCUCCUCUCCACUGUGGAGAGGCUGAAUCAGGACAGAUUGCCCGUCCUCAAGUCCUGACAGCAGUGCAGUACUGAUCACAGCAUCACUUCCCCAGUUUUGCCUAUGCUCUGCUUAGCGACAGCCACAUGGCCCAGAUCUUGACACGAGCGCGACGACACCAAACACAGCAUCCCCUGUGGCCAGUCAGGGGAAAUACACUGAAGCAUAGCACCCCAUGUGACCACAUAGAUGUAAGAUGUAAGACAGCCAAUGACCAAGACAGUAGCUCUUGACCUUUGUAUGUCUCUAUCUGGAAGGGGUCACCAAAUAAGUGCAAAGAACAGGGAAAACAAAUGUGAUUUUAAAACACAAUUGAAACCCUUAAGAAGUAUGAGAAUGCAAAGGAAAAAGCUGCAGACUGCCUUUUCACAGCCACCCUAUUGCAUUUGGUUAGGUUAGGAGCUGAGAUAGAGAUCAUGUGAGCAAUGUUCUCUCUUUUUCCAGGUC